CUCCGGCCCUGGCAGACGCCUCUUCCAUCCGCCCCGAAGCGCGCGCUCUCCUUCUCCCUCGCCUCCAUCCAGGGAGCAGGGGAAACGAUGGUCGCCGCGUAAACUGCGCCCGCGCGCUUCCCUGACCUUCCAGACUCGUCCUGGGGAGUCUGGCAAAAAGUUCUGGCCUCCGGAUCCCCCAGCCCGUGGGCUCCUUCCUCCUCACUGCUUCUCCCUUGGAGCCGUCUGGGUAGCAGGAGGGAACGGCCUGGCUCUGCGCGACCACCUGACACUUUUGGGGGUGCCGUCCUCUGCUCCGAGACCAUGGAGUACACCGCCUCCCCCAAGCCGCAGCUCUCCUCCCGGGCGAACGCCUUCUCCAUCGCCGCGCUCAUGUCCAGCGGGAGCUCCAAGGAGAAAGAGAGCGCCGAGAGCACCAUCAAGCCUCUGGGUGAGUCUCCGGAGAAGGAGGGACGCGCCGUCGGGGAGUCCUCUUCUCCGGGCCCACCUGCUCAGCCUAGAGGGGCUUUCGCCUGGGAUGCUGGAGUGGUCGCUUGGGGGAAUGGAGGGAAGGGGUGAUCUUGUCAUAGGAUCAUAGAAGGGACCCCCAGGGUCAUCCAGGCGAAGCCCCUGCAAUGCAGGAAAACAGAUAGGUUCCUGCUUAGUUUUGCAAAUGUGUUAGCAGUUUUAAUGCGGCGCCGAGCUCAUUGGGCCUUACUCCCUGGUAACUGUGUGUGUGUGGGGGGGGGGAUACGUUUAGAAAGGACAGCUUUCCAAAACAAUAAUUAUUCGUGGGGUGGGAGAAUGCCUUUCCUAAAUUGGACUGGAGCGUUCAACUUCCCCUUGACUGGGAUGUUUUCAAGGAUGCUUUCCAAACGUCCAGUGGAAAGUUUUAAAAGGCAGCGGAAGCAAACGCUUUUCUAAGUAGCCUGGUAUAACAAUUAAAAUAUCCCGGUGUUACGACGGGGAGUUCCGUCGUUCUUUAAAGGCUGCGAUUAUCCGACGCAUCGUUUUCCUUUUAAGAAGAAGCUGGGUUUAGAGGGAUCAGAUAAAGGAUCUGGCCCCAGUGCCGUAUCUCCGGUCAGAAAUAAAAACCAGAUACGAUUUUGCUAAGUUGAGUUUUCUUGGACUGCUCUUCCUCUCUCCGGGCAAAAGAGGCCAUCGAUCCGGAAAACAAACUUUUCAUCCGAGAACAUUGAGGCGCAGCUGUAGUUGUAAAAUCAGCCCAAGGACCGGCUCAUUGUGGGAACCACUUCUCCCCAGUUUGUUCGUACACUUUUUAAACUAGGGAGAUAGAGUUGAAGGAGAGGGAGAUUCAGCUAAAGUAAUUACUAGCAAUCAAGAUUUUUAAAAAAAGCCCGAAAUUCUGUGAACAUUUGCUGCACAGGAGACAACUGCAAUCCUGUGCACAUUUAGCUGGGAGCAAGUCCCAGGAUCGCUGGGCAAGCACGUUUAGCUUGGUAGGAUUUGCUUCAGGAUGAAUAUGGGGCCUCCUUUGGAAUUAGUUUGUAUUCAAAAUAAACUUGUCCUCUGGAAUCACUGGGAUUCGUAAUAGCCAAGGCUGUGAUUCUGAAUCUGGAAGCCAUUAAAAAAAAGUAAACCCGACCAAUUUCAGAUAAAUAUAUUUAGGAUGAGGUGAUCAUAAGCUAAGGAGUCUGAAAGAAAUGGGAUUUGCUUUCAAAUACAAAGACUCCGUUCACAUCCCUUUGAAGCCGAAGGCAAAACUUUGCUGGUUUUUUUGCAAUCCGCAGCAGGGAGCCCAUAUUUUUGACUGUGAUCCUUAAAGCCUCUGAAGUCAAUCUGCGCUAUCCUGCAUGGAUGGACGUCCCAUCCUAAAACAUCCCCCCGUUGAGUAAAUAAGAUUUGCUUUCUGAUAAACACGCCAGGACUACAGUUUCAUACUCUCUAGUAAAACUUUCCACUUUUUGACUUGAAAAUAAGCCAUUUUGAUUCGUAAGAGAACUUGCUUCUAAUUCCAGAAGUUUAGUGCGUCAACCCAAAUACCAAACCCAAUUUACCCUGGCUUUUGACACUCGAUGUGUAUGCUUUUUAGGACCCACCUAAGUUAUUACAAACUGUUUUUAAAUAUUGUGUUUUAAUGUUGGAACCCGCUUUUUGGGUAAACGGCAGGUAAUUAAUAACGAUAAUGAUAAAUAGUGGAGAAUGUGAACAGUUUUGUGCGUUUUGUUUUAAAUAAGUUUUGUCGACUUGUAUAGAACCUCAAUUACAGAAUUUCCUAAGAAAAGAGUAAAUAUGUCUCUGCUCCAAGGACGUUACAAGGAAAAUAACAAAGAAUUAUUGCACUUUCUUUAUUUUAAGAUACUAUUGUGCUGAUUUUGACCUUUAUAGCACUUUGAGCUUUAGGUACAUUAUGUAUUUAGAUCCUUUUCUCUUACAGAAGCUUUAACAAAAAAUACUUCUCAUAAAAUCAUUGCUCAGCUCUUUGUGUGGGUUUCCUUUAUGGCUGUUUAAGAAACAUUACCCAGAAACCCUUAACUAUAAAUUUUUUCACACCUCUUCCCUCUGUCAGCUAGCCCACCCUUUAACCAUUAAUAGAAAUAACGCGCCUUUAGAAAACUACCUUUUUCUCUUGGUGAAGAAUGAAAGGAAGAGCGAGAGUUCUCUCUCUUUUUAUAUAAUUUUAAUUAAAUUUCAUUUUUAAAAAUUGACAAAACAUCCAUCUUACAUAUAAUACAUAAAAACCUCUUGGCCAUCUUGGCCUGAGACUUCUCUCCUCAGCUAAUGGUUUUCCUAAUUAUACUCUGAUAUUGCAUUUCGUUAUUAGGAAGAGCGAGAGUUCUCAUUGGCGUUGUUAAAAAAGGGUAAUUUAAACAGACAAAACAAAAAUCCGAAGGCUUUUAAGAUGCAUUCAAUAUAAGCAAUGCGUAUGCUUAAGAAACUUUCGUAGAAAAUAGAAACCGGUCCCUCAUCCCAAACAUCGUACAUUAAAGAUAAUUUUAUACUUUAUCUUUCUGAGCUUCGGUCACAGCGAAUUUGUUUCCGGUUAUUUACAGCCUCUUUUUCCCCCCUGUUCCGAGUAUGGACUGGCUCGUGGUUGCAUAGACUUGCCUUUGCGCCUGCUUUUAAGAAAAUAUUACUUCCCGCCUCCCACUGCAGUUUUUAAAUAAAUAUGAGCAGAAAGAUCCUGGACAGGUUGAAAGAGGUUCGGUACGACCAUAUCCUUGAGAUCUGCUAAACCGACUAAGAUGAUCACCAGGAGAUCGGACCGAGCGGGAUCUCGAUUUGUUUUGAUUCGGUUUCCUUGUUUGGUCUCUUGCUGAGGAAGAAACCGGAGGCCGAGGGCCCUGGGUUUUCUUUGGAGCGCGUUCCCAAUCGACUCGCUGUAGACAUGCUUCGCCUUCUAGCUCCCCUCUUCCUUCUUCCAUUGGAAGUGUAGGCCCAACUUGCCGUCCCUUCUGUUCAGCCCAUUUCCCAGACUCAACCGCGGAGUCUUGCGCGCCCAGGGGCUGAUUAGAGCCAGAGUCACAGAUACGGUUGGCUUUGCUCGGUGGCGGAUUCCGUUGCCGUGAACUGGGGGUUACACUUCGAUCUAAUUCGGUCCAUUUAAUCCCAAUGGGACAGCUAUCUGGGAAAUCCAUUCUUAUGCGUUGGAGCUAGGAUUCACUGUUGAACGUGUGAGACGCAACCUGGCUGUGUUCGCGCCAUACACUUAAAGCACACACCCCCCCCCAUUAAUCCUGGAAACCAUAGUUUGCUGGGAACUGUAGUUCUGGGUGGUGGUAAGCUACAGUUCCCAGGAUUCUUGGCAGCGUGUGCUUUAAAAUGCCACCAGGAAUGAGAGCGAAGGCUUAGAACUUCCCUCGAGUGUCUUUGGCAUAUAUUAUCUGAAUUAAAAAAUCGCUGGAUCUCCGUGGGAGAGAGUUAUGGGGUAUUUUGUGCCACUAGUUUACUCAACUAAAAACUGGCUUUCUAGAGGAAGUCCGGUUGACAUAAUCGUGCUUAAGAGCGUGACAAAACCAUUGAACAACAAAAACCUGACAGAGGUUCCUGCUAAAAUCCCAACAAAGCGAGUGCUUUCUUCUUUUCAUAGUACUUUUAUUUAUAUAUUUAUCAUAAAUAUGUGUAACCCGCCUUCCAUCGAUGCAGAUACCAGGGCGGGGUACGGAACGCAAAAGCAAGCAAUUGGCACAAAGCAUCCAUUGCGUUUAAGUCCCUUGCUGGGAGGUGAGAUAUUUUAAAUGAAGAGUUUGAGAUUUCCGGAGGGUGCGAUCCUGUGUGGAUGCGUUUAUACACCCUGGAUUGAGGGAGACACAGUGAUUUCCGUGCAGACUGUUAGAAGCCCAAGGAAAGCCACAACCCACCUGAGCGUUUCUCCCUAAAUAAACCCCAUUUCAAAGGAGCGAGACUGCGUAAAAGCAGAGUUCAUUCCUUUCAAUGGUGCGUGAAACUACCGGUCAGUUUGCGCCCUGCGGGGAACCUUGGAAGAGUGUUAGGAACAGAGACUUUUGUCCACCCCCAAGUCUGGAUGCAUAUGUCAUCCUUAGUUAUGUCUCUUUCCAAACCGUAAUUAUUUUAAUACCCCACUCAGCUCCGAAGUUUACACUGGAUCAGUGAGUUGGGCAACCCAGAAACGAAGUUAUUUGGAUUUGAGAGCACCCUGACUUUGAAUAAAGCCCGAGGUUUUACAUCUGUCCGAUCCCUCUGAAGCUGAAAUAUUUAUCCUGAAUAAAGGGGUCGAGAAUAAGGCUUCUUCUCUCCACCCCCCUUGACUUUAUUCCAAGGUUACAACACAGCUUUGCCCACUGCCAUAAUAUCACAGAAUGAUCACUCCAAUCCUCAGUCCCACACCACUGUCAGGAUCAGGCUUCGAACCUGCCUUAUGGACUGUACAGGACGAUUAGAUCUGCUUCAUUAUUGGAAGUAGAUCCCACUGAAUUGAAUGGGGUUUUCGCUUGGGAUCGCAGUGCACAUCUUACGUGCUCCAAACCUGCGCAUAUUUCCUUGGGAAGGAAAUCUCAGCCGUUUUUAACAUCCCAGGGAGUCGCAACCUUUCAACUGGGCUAGUCCGGUUGGAAACGUGUAUCUGACCAAUUGGUGGUGUGUGUUUUCUGGCAUUUAGUGGGUGAAAUGCUUGGGAUCAGUCUCCGGCUGGUGCGGCCCCGAAUCUUGGCACAGGAUGCGUCCUGUGAGUUGGUUGGGAAUGGGCCGCCGGCGUCGCUGGUCCGAUCCUGCCCAUCUGGGACCAGCUCUAUUUUGGGUUUCCCUUCCAUAGCGCGCCGCUCGCUUCCGACGCCAGCUGGAUAAAGUCUCCCUCCACCGCCAACCACCACGAAGGCCCUCAAGUGGUUUCUUUAUUUAAGGGCGGCGAUAAUCGCGGCAUUUAGACAGGCUCCCUGCCUUCAAAGUAACUGGGUCCUUAUCAGUUGGCUUCCAACAGCGCCGAGGCGCGCGACCCAGCAGGGGAAGCUCUCCUGCGCAAGUCUCCUGAGCACAUUCGAGAAAAUUUUCCCGGUGGAUGCUUGCUCCUGGACUGGAUUUAACAACCAGCUGCUAAGAGGGAGCCCGGGGCUUUACAAUGCAAUCAAAUUUAAGCCUACUCAGAAGUAAGCCCCUCCGAGUUCAGUGGGGUUUACUCCCAGGUAAGUGGACGUAGGGUUACAUCUUGAGAGUUUUAGAAUUAAGAGUCCUGUAUCUGGUUUUAGCUAAAGCACAAUCAAGCCUCUCUCGCCUCCAUCCCGACUGCGCACAAACCACUAGAUCCCGAUUUUCUGGAUACAGCUGGGGCGUUGGGGGGGAUCUCUGACUUACUUUCUCCAGCUGGAUCCGUUUCCUUCGCAUUUCGUCUCCAGUUUAUGGCACUUGAGCUCUAGACUUGUGCGGAAGGUGAGGCGUGCCCACAUCUGAUAGCGCCCCACUGAGAGUUACAACGCCAGGAGGUCAAGCGAUGACUUUAUUUCCCGCUCGGUCCCCUCGCCUGAUGAAAAUGGGGGUUUCUUUGGAAUCCUCCUGGGCAAUCUCUCUCCAGGCCGAGCGACUGGAGAAAGAAAUCCGAUCAGAAGAACUUGUGAUCAAUCUGGAAGAUUGAUCAGGACGAUCAGAAGCCGCAGGGUGUUUGGAGGCGGUUUUCCCUCUAGAUUUGGGAAGGUUCCCAAAUCUGUGGUCCUUCUUCCUACCUAUAUCUUAAUAUUUAUAUGCUGCUUCUCCAUCAAGUUCUAGCCCCCCCAAUCGCUUUUAUCCUCACUACAACCCUGUGAGGUAAGUUAAACUGAGAGGUAAGUACCGGCCCAACGCCACCCUACCUGGUCCCAGCAUGGCACUCCAAGUAUAGGUGCCAACUCCCUGGGGCUCUGGGUGCCUGAGCACCCACAAAAUUCCCCAUGAAGGCGCUGGGCGGGCACCCACAAAUGUCCAUGCCAGCACCAUGCAUGCUGCCUGACACCCACGGGCCUGGGCGCCCACGGUCACAGGGCCAACUUGGCACUCCUGACUCCAAGAAUUCAUUUCCCUAGUAACUGACAACCAUUUAAUUUCAGUUACCCUUCGCAGGUAGAAGCAAGUCACAAUAGAGAGAUGCUCUGCUACCUAUUCUAUGUAGUUCUUUUGUUGAUCACAAGUUGGGGCAGGAUCCAGUCGAGAAGCGCGAACCUAAACAUGUUUAUUCACAGAAGGCUCAGCGAGAGCUACUCCUAGGAGAAUGUCCAGCCCCUCGAGAAAUCCCCUUUGAACACAGUGGGAGGGAGGGAGGCCUCUGAACUACACGUUUAGUCGGAGGUAAAUCCUAUUAAGUUCAAUGGGGCUUAUUCUCAGGUAAGUGUGCCUGGGAUUUCAGGCUCAAGGUACGAUCCUAGGCUUGGUCUCACAGAAUGCAAGGAGGCUUACUCCCAAGGAGAUGCUAAAGGAUUAGCAGCCUGCGCCUUCUAUUGAAAUCCAAGGAAAGAAUCCAGUGCUUUGAAUUUUGGGAAGGUUAGCUGGGCCCGAUGGUGUUUCACCCGUUGUUUGCAACCAGAUGCAGCUCCUGUACCUAUUUUCCUGGGAGGAAGCCCAACUGAUCUCCUUCCAAGUAGACUUGCAUAGGAAUGCGCUGUCGGUUGGGGAAGGGGGGCGGGAAAGCAGUUUAAACUCAUCCUGAAUAAAUAGAAAAACGCCUACGGAGUUCAAAGGUACUUCCUUUCUUCCAAGUAAGCAGGGUCGAUAAAAAAUAAAUAAAUUGCACCCCCUAAAAAGAUCCGCGUCUUUGAUUGCAAAUCAUUUCCCUUUCGCUUGGUGUCAUCUAAACAAAAGUCUUUUGAGCUAAAACCUUUCUGGUCGGGUUGUACGGUAAAUAAUGUUUUCAAGGACGCAGCUUUGUGCCACACUUCGAGGUUCUAGGCCUCAGUGAGGAGGCAAACCUCUAAAUCUUUAGGUGGAAAGUGAAAGCUCACGUGACAAUGCUCCAAGAUAAAUAAAUAAACAUACACUGCGAAAACGGAAUGUUGGUUGUCGCGCUAGUUUUCUACUUGCAGGUUGUUUUUCAAUGAAGAGCAUUCAUUCAUUCAUGUGAACCCGAGCACAAGCCUGCUUGGUGGGGAAAAGGAAAACUGGGGGAAAUUGCUUUCUCCCAAUUUUCCGUUCCCUCCCCACUCCUUGUUUCCGAAAAAAAAGGAGGGGGAGUGAGAACGGGACGUAAAAUUUGAUUCCCAUUCCUUGUCUACUCUCCAAUUGUUCAGAAACUAAUAGGUGGGAGGAACGGACAAACUGGGGGGGCGGGAGGAGGACGGGACAGCUCAGCUCCCGCGCGCAAUCUUUCUCGUUUUCUCCCAGGCCUUCACAUCUAAAGUGAAGCGGAUGAAACACCGGUUUCUUGCCGCAGAAAGCAAGUGGCCAGCGUUCUUGUACCUGCUUGCAAAACACUGUCUGUGGCGCGCUUCGAGAGUGGGCAAAGCCGUCUCGGAGCGGCGUCUGCACUAGUCUGCGAGGCAACCGACAAGUUCUCUCUUCCCCGUUCUCUCUUCUGAAAUAUUGAGGACAAGACGCGAUGGAAAUCAGGAGGCGGCGGCGGCAGUGGAGAAAGCUCUCCAGACGCAACGCUUUCGCUGCGCUUUGAUUACUUUUAACUGCCAAUUGCGGCGACUGUGUGUAGCCGGCUCCCUGCCUAAAAGCUCCCGAACGCCUCUGCUGUUGCUGUGCGUAAAACGCAGGGCGGUAGGGAGUUUAAAAACCGUAUCCUCUGCCGCUUGAGAAAUUCAGGGGGCUUAAUGUCGCGGGAUCCUGGCCGCAGUUUUCAAGGCCCCGCUUUCCCAAAGGGGCCGUAAGUUCAUAUGAGUGAGGGAAGAGACAGGCAGAGGGAAAAGAGACCCCAGAUAGUCUUGGAUCGGCUAUAGCUACGACGAUCUCUCCAAUUUCGUGCGCGCCGUUUUCCUUUGCGGGAGUUCAGGACCUUUCUGCGGGCGCACCAGUUCCCCUCCUGGUUAUUAUUGGCUUUCUGCCGGAAUCCUUCCUAGUGUUUGUCAGGUUCGCCUCUCUGCUCCUCCUGGCAGCAGGCUGACUUGCUUUCCCAUUUUUGCUCUGCUGUGGUGACUCGAUUAUUCACCAGGAGCAGCGGUCUCACUCCGUCGCCGCCCUUUCUCUCUGUCCCAUUUGCAGAGCAAUUCGUGGAGAAGUCGUCUUGCUCCCAAACGCUCGGCGACUUGCCCGCUUUGGAAACGCCGCCGGGGGAUUUCAGCAGCGCCAGCCCCACUUCCCUGUGCACCGAGCCCCUCAUUCCCACCACCCCCAUCAUUCCCAGCGAGGAGAUGGCCAAGAUCUCCUGCAGCCUAGAGACCAAGGACCUCUGGGACAAAUUCCACGACCUGGGCACCGAGAUGAUCAUCACCAAAUCGGGAAGGUAAGGCUAUACCUUCAAAGUCAUCGGUUAUAUUUUGGUACCACAAUCCACAAUUGGACAGUGCCUUCGUUAGGACUAACCAAAAACGUCACAAAAUCCUGACAAGCUUUGGUUGGUGGUCCUAAGCAAGGCAUCAGCUGCGUGUGAGAUUUGCGGGAGAUGUUGCUUCAGCACAAGUGCUUUUGCUUAUUUGUUGUGCAGAAUUACAAUGGAGCAACUGAAAGGAAAGAGGGGUGAGAAUAGAAGUGCCCAGGGCGAAAAAGUUGACUCAAAAGUCUGGGAAAGGGGUAGUUUAUCACCAGCCAGCGUGCAGAGCUGUGGAUUUAUCCAGCCCACGCUUCAGGCAUCUGGAUUGUGCUAGAAAAGCUUCCUUUACGCAGAAAAAGGUGCUGAUCUGCUCCUCUCCGCUCCCACGCCUCAUUGCUAAAAAUACUGAGUUUGAGGUGUUGUCAGAUGACAUGAAGGUUCUUGUCCUCUUUUUUCCUUUUUGAUCUGUGAUGGCUGUUUAACACAUGCAUGUCAUGGGUUGAAUGUUGGUGUCUCCAAGUGAUGUGCCUGCCUUGUGUAUCAGCCACUGUAACAUUAGACCACUUGAAGUAUUUGCUUGUAGUCUGCACCUAAAGGUUAUUAAUAUCAGAGUAAUAGUUAGAAUGAGAAUGUUAUGCUUCCUUUCAUUUUGACGUGAGGGAAGAGCUGUAGAAUACUAACUAUACAAACUGCUGCAGUGCAAAAACCAGCUUUGGGAUAUUGUCUGGACCUGUUUGUUUCAUUUUGUUUUAGGCUGCAAUCCUGCACCCACUUACUUGGGAGUAAAUCCUAUUGAACCCAAUGGUACUUACUUCUAAGUAGGAUUACAUUGUAGUGCAUGAGCAGUACUUGAGAAGCUUAGGAUGGAGUAAAAAAAUGUGUGCCCUGAGUUGAAAUCUGUAAAAUAACCAGUAAUUCCCCCCCCCAAACAAACCUACAUUAAUAUAAUUUAUGGAUUAAUGCUAUUUUCAGAAGGGUCACCAAAUCAGUCUGUUGUAGCAGAAACAAAAACAGAAAAGGCUUGCAGCACCUUAAAGAUGACCUCAGUUUACUGUGACGUGAGCUUUUGGGGACUAAAGUCCACUUUGUGCAGUAUAUGAAUCCGCCUCUACAGCUAAUAAGCAGAGCACCCCAUCCAUAAUAGGCAUAAAAUGGAUAUGUAUUCAAGGAACUUUGUAACACUGGAAUCUGCCUGUUAUGAAAUCAGACCAUUGGCCCAUCCAGCUCAAUACUGCCUACACGGACUGACAGCUGCUCUCUAGGUUUCAGGCAGGGGUUCCACCCAGUCCCACAUGGAGAUGUUAGGAUAUUGAAUCUUGGACCUUGUGCACUCAAAAGAGAUGCUCACCCUCAUUUCUUCCUUGUUUUCAUUUCUGCUAAUAAUUUGCACAUUCCACACACCCCAUAUAAAAAUAAUUAAAUUACAAAAUUUCCUUAAGCCAAAACCCAUGGCUUAAAAAGGGGAAAUUGUAGGUUCGUAGUAGUUGUUGUUUGUUUUAAAAGCUUUUCUUAGUUACCCCAUUCUUAGGGUCCUUUGCAGAAGUCCCACCCAGAUCUAAAAGCUCUAGGGUUAAUCAGACUUGGGAAAGCCUGUCUGAGGAUUUAGGAUUCUGGUUUCAUUCUUCUCAUAAACACUCAAAAGUGAGCUCCCUCCCUCUUCCUGGGCCUUUCCAGAUUACAGUACAGUUUCCUUAAGGCUAUUUUACACAAAGGAAAUCUGGAUUUACCACAGGCCUAUACAAAACUCAGCCGGGUUCUGCAACCAAGCUCAUCUCCUUUGGCAAAGGUACCUGCAUGAUACAAGUGUUGACGUAUGCAUAUUUAUCACACUAUAUACUUAAAAUAUAACUUGUUCUCUCAACGAAAGCAGUAUAUAUGAAGGCAGUGGUGGGAACUUUGCACCUUCCCAUUGACAAAAUAUUGUUCCUUAAGUGCUGGGAAAGUGCCAUUGUCACAACAGGAACUUUGAAAAGAGCUGUCACGAUCCCAUGCAACUCUUGAGCAACAACUCUGAGUUUACCACACUAUUUCAUCUUUUUAGACCUAUAAUGUUUUGAGUGUUUACCCAGAAGGAAGCUCCAGUAAGCUCAGUGGGGUUUCCUCCCCAAAACUUGCAGCUAAGGGCUACAAAUGGUGCUUGUGAAAUCACUAGUGAGUGACACAACCCCUCCUUCCACACUGCAUCAUUUUGUGAUAUUUUACAGGUUCCUAUUUGUUUAGUUCAUUGGACUGCUUCUUUAUUGUCCCAUUUAACACAGGAGUGCUUAAACAAUUCGGAAAUAGUGAUCGACACCUGCAAGGCUGCUUUUUUUACAAUACCAAAAUUUCAUGUCAUUUCAUGUGGAAAGGAGGGAUAUAAAUUGGAAACACAUAGCUAAAAUUCCCCUUGAUUUUUUUAAAAAAGUUAGCUCUUAGGAAAUGCCAUGCACAUUUUAUUUUUUAAAAAACAGAUCACCUUUCAUCCUGACCGGUUCCUGGGCAGAUGAUAGAUACAAUGCUAUUACAUUUAUCAACAUCAUAAUAUUCUUCAUAACAAUAUACAGAGGUAACCCGGGGUUACAGAUGCUUCAGGUUACAGACACUUCAGGUUACAGACGCUUCAGGUUACAGACUCCGCUAACCCCAGAAAUAGUACCUUGGGUUAAGAACUUUGCUUCAGGGUGAGAACAGAAAUCGUGCGGCGGCAGCGGGAGGCCCCAUUAGCUAAAGUGGUGUUUCAGGUUAAGAACAGUUUCAGGUUAAGAACGGACCUCCGGAACGAAUUAAGCUCUUAACCCGAGGUACCACUGUAUUUGAGAGCAAACACAGGUGGUCCUCAUCUCUAUGGUGGCUUUUUAAAAAGGAGGACCCAAAUAUGCCUACUCUAGCCUUAAUGUUUUUGAAGUGGAAAUAAGAUAGUGUGCCAAUAUCUGUAGCACUAAGGGAGAAAACCAUUUUUUACUUUGGAUAUGAUGCAGAAUGGAAGUAUGACCGGCUUUUAAUUCGGCAAUGCAUCUAAAAACCUGGAGGCAUAUGUUUUUCUCCACUCUCUAGGUUAGGAUGUGCAGUGAGAUGCCUCAACUCACAAGCUUAUUGCUUCCUUGCUCUACUUCCCCCACUGAGCUCCACACGACCAGAGGAUUCCAUUCCAUUGUGUUCCUACAGAUCUACAAUUGCAGUUUUCCCACCUCCUUCCACUUGCAACCUCAGGCUUGCUCACCCUGCGCUGGAAGGGACACGACAAGUCUACUUACACGACUCUUUCUUUAUUUUUAUUUUUUUAAAUGGUAUUUAUUGAGAAAUUUUUUAAAAAUUACACAGAAAAAGAAACAAGACAAAAAAAAGAAAAAGAAAAAGUAAAACCAUCAUUCUCCAAUUCUCCACUUUCAAUACCUUCUUUCCUUGACCUCCUCCUCCUCCCUUUUCCUGUAUCCUGAUUUAUAAUAGUCACAGCAAAUCCUUUCCAUAAUUCAUAAUAUUCUUUCCUUACAUUACCUUAGUCUAUUUUCAUCUUAUCUUAUAUAUAAAAAAGUUUAAAACUUAAAUCUUAAUUUUUACCAACUUCUCCUAACCAUAACAUUCUUACCUAAUUCUUUAAACAUUUUUAUAAGAGCCAAAUAAUUUCAUUUCAACAUUUUCCUAACAUUCAUCAAUUUUGUAAAACAGUCCUAAUGAUAGAAAUAGGAACUUAAGCAAUCCAAUCUUCAUCCAGCGUCCCUUCCUCCUGGUAUCCGAGGCCCUCAAGUCUCUUCCAUGCCCCUUCCACAGCUCUUCUUCAUAUUUUCCUUUUAUUCAUGGGAACUCCAGCUUGGUAAUGUUUUUGACCCUUUUCAACAAAACAGUCCCUUUUCCAUAGUCCAGGCUAGACUCGAUGUAGUAUUUAAAAACAUGUUCCAGAUUCCCUUCAAAGUUGAGAGCCCCCACUGCUCCAGACAUCUGACGGCCCCUUUCCAGACUUGAAAAGUCCAAAUCUCCCUGUAUAGGGAGAUUUCCAAACCAAACCAAAUUUUUUCUUUCCAAGUCUGGUCUUUUCCAAGUUCAUUUGUCCAAUCCAAAAAUUUAUAUUCCUGCUGGGCCGCAGCUCCCUCCGUCUCUUUCUUUAACUGCCUGGGAGCCGCAUGUGGCUGUCAAGCUGCAGUUUAAAAUGCGUUUUAAAUGUUUAAAACGCGGAGCGGCUUCAGUCAAUGUAUAUUUGUAGGGAGAUAUGGAUUGUUUUAAAUAUCCCCAAACAAAGAUAUACAGAAAAUGCUUGGAAUUUCCCUGUCUCUCUGGUAGGCUAGGCUUAUAAUGUCUGUUUCUGAUCAGUUUCAAAGGGGCUGUUUGCUCUGGUCCCUUAUUUAUAUAUUCACCAUCUUGUUUGCUUCUGUCUGUUUCAGAAGAAUGUUUCCGACCAUUAGGGUUUCCUUUUCGGGCGUGGACCCGGAAGCCAAGUUCAUUGUGCUGAUGGAUAUCGUUCCAGUGGACAAUAAGCGGUACCGAUAUGCCUACCACAGGUCCUCCUGGCUGGUUGCUGGCAAAGCAGACCCUCCUCUGCCUGCAAGGUCAGUUCAUGUGCAAGUCAUAUCCAUUACACACAGCCCUCAAAUCUCGGCUGUGAAUCCUCAGUGUUGCUUUGUCUUUGGGCAAGACCAAGAACUGACAACUGCUGAAACCAAUAGUCAGGAAAACAAAAUCCUUGAUAGGAGUCAAAAGUUCUGUGCAUUCCAAAGGUGGACAAUCUGAAGUCUGCAUUUGGCCCUUGGUCUAAUUUUAUGUGGCCCUUGGUUCAAUUUUAUGCAGGUGGCAAGGAGGAGGAAAGCUGGAAGGAAAGGGGGUGAGAGAAGAGGAGGUGGCUCCAUCUACUUUUGGCCGUAGCCAUGCCCGCUUUUGACUCCUGUUCCACACACCACUGGUUUGCAGCCCUUGACAGAUUACUUCCAAGGAGAUUUCCCCAAGGGUUGUCCAUUCCUGCUGUAUUGUUGAGCUUUUUUAUAGGAACCCCCCCCAAAAAAUUUGAGCAGUGUAUGGCAGUAUGCAUAAUCCAGUUAAAUGCAAGCAGAUUUUAAAAGGAGAGUUGCACAUCGCCCCCCACGAAUCCUAGGUGCGAUCUAAUUAAAGUAAAAACAGGUUCUAUUAAUGUUGGCUUAAUCAUGCCCAGAGAUCUUAAGGAUCUGCUGCCCUAUCCCUCUGUUAUGUACUGAGUUGAAUAGGAUCCAAAAGGCAGCAGUCUGAUUGGUCCUAGAACAACAGGAUUCAGAAUGCAGCAGUCUGAUUGGACCUAGAACAAUAGGGUCCAGAAUGCAGCAGUCUGAUUGGUCCUCAGGAGCCACCCAAUCCAACUCCAGGUGAAUCUGCAACCUGAUUGGCCUACAGGUGAAUCCCGGAAUUAGCCAAUCACGUGGGGCCCAUUGUGUAAAGAAUGUAUAUAAAGCAGACGUUCUGGGGGAACUUCCAUUCCUCCUCACCACUAUAAGCUGAAUAAAAAGCAUGAAAUCCACCCUCGACUCCGAGUAUAUUUCACCCUCAAAAAACCUUGCAAAAGUUUUAGUGCCAAACAGUUUAAAUGACCCUUUAAAUAUAUACAUUAUUUUCUUCUUGCUACAAUACUUUCCACUCUUUAACUUCAAAGAAAUCCAGGCAUGUUUGGCCAAGUGCAAGUCAAAAAUAUUAGAUUACAGCUUGAUUCAUUCAAUUACAUUAUUUUUUCAACUGAAGACUAAACUGUGGGUCAUGUUUAUGUACUGCAGUCAAUUAAUUGUCGACUUGCUCUGCAAGUCAAGGGGACACGAUCCCUUUUUCAAUUUAAAGGCUCAGUAUUUUCAGCUUCUGUAGCCACAGAACUUCUGAAUAAUAAAUGGUUGUGUGUGUGUGUGUGUGUGUGAGAGAGAGAGAGAGAGAGAGAGAAUAUCUAGAAAUGACUGAGCUCCCCUUGGCUCAGUUUGCAAUCCGACUCAGCAAGCCAAGCCAUUCCCCGCUCCGGAAAGCUGCUAUUUUCCCCAAGUACAACUCUAAAUUCAGACCCCCUUCAUGUUCCCCAUGAUGUUUCAAAAUGCACAUUGAGAUCCAAAUCUCUUUCCCCAACUCCUGCAAUAUUCCAAAUCCCAUGAACCACUCCUUCCCUUCUCCCAAACUUCCUGCUGUCAGAGCUGUGCUGACACGGGUGCUAUCUCACUUGGAGGCCUCCAUGGAAGGUAAGGAAGGUAAAGGGACCCCUGACCAUUAGGUCCAGUCGUGGCCGACUCUGGGGUUGCAGCGCUCAUCUCGCUUUAUUGGCCGAGGGAGCCGGCGUACAGCUUCCGGGUCAUGUGGCCAGCAUGACUAAGCUGCUUCUGGUGAACCAGAGCAGCGCCCGGAAAUGCCAUUUACCUUCCCGCCGGAGCGGUACCUAUUUAUCUACUUGCACUUUGACAUGCUUUUGAACUGCUAGGUUGGCAGGAGCAGGGACCGAGCAACGGGAGCUCACCCUGUCGCGGGGAUUCGAACCGCCAACCUUCUGAUUGGCAAGCCCUAGGCUCUGUGGUUUAACCCACAGCGCCACCCGCGUCCCAUGGAAAGCCUUCCUCUAUUUCCACGGCACCUGAGAUGCUUCAGUGUAGUUCGCCAAGGCAACUGAGUCCUUAAACUUUGGACAGUAGGUGACUGGGAGAACGUUGUUUCUUUGAUGCCCGUCAGUGAAGCAUUCAAGGCCCCAGAGGUUUCACACUGAAGCUCCGAAUGAGACUUCUUCUUUACCACAACUGCUCCAAAAUGGUGUCUGGUACUUCCUAGAAUGGUUUGUCUAGGGCAGGGUCAGGCGAUGUGGUGACCCUGCCCCCAAGAUGUUGUUGGACUAUGACUCCAGUCCUCCAUGACCACUGGUGGUGUUGGCUGGGGUGGUGGGUAGUAGGAUUCAGCAGCGUUGGCUACCUCCUGGAGCGAUGUCAUCCUGUACAAGAUGCAGCAGAGAGUGAAAUGAGGCAAUCUGGCUGAAAAACAACCUCAUCAUUCCACCAAAUUAUGAGAUAUGAUGGAUGGUUACCUUGGACAGGGGCUUCUCAGUGGUGGCCCUCAGAAUUUGGAAUGGCUUCCCGAUAGAGAAUUUGGCUGGCAGGCAGUAAAGACUACUUUAUCCACAUCAAAGCUUUUUCCUAUGGGGUAAAAAUAUAUCAAAACAAUUUCUCUAACUGUCCAGAUGUGGAUAAACUUUGUUCAGAAAUAGGACCUUCACUAUGCAGUCUAUACAUGUCUACUCAGAAGUAAGUCCCACUAAGUUCACCUGGUAUAGGACUGUGGUCUCGGCCUGUCUCCUUCAACUGAUGCUUUUGUCUAUUGGAUUAUGAGGAUUUUUUUGGCAGAUUAAGCUGAAAUUCUCAAUGGCUCAAACUUUAAGAAUGUUGCCAAUCUAAUAUUAAUUAAGUUCCAGGGGUUUUAAAUUCAUUUUUUCAGUGAUCACUAUUUGUAGACUGAAAUCUGUGUGUGUGUAUGUUUAAGUGUUGGAGAUAGAAAUAUAUCUGUUGCGUGCUUCGCGAGAUUGAGUCAAAUGAAGUUAACUUGUUGAUGUUGAAACGAUCUGUCCAUAAGUUUACUUACAUAGGUGAUUCUCAAGAGAAAGGGGGGGGGCAGGGGAAGGAAUCCCUGCCGUAGGUAAGCCUUGGUGACAUCCAUACCCUCAGGCUCCCCACCCCCCAUCAUUUUUGUAGAGAAAUAACUUUCAGCACCACAACUGCUGAGACCGAUAUUAACGAGGAUUAGCCAAUAUCAUUUGAAAGCAUUUCCAUUCAUAAACCUUCACUGCGGAUGACCAUUAAAUCCUCCUUUUCCUGCUGUCAGCGUGCAAAGUAGCUCUCCCUCCCUUGCGCUGUGAAUGGAAGGAGCAAAAUUCUUUUGGAAAAAUCUAUUGUGAAACUUUCCGCGGGUCCCCAGUCCCAGAAUACGACUAGCUUAAAUGGCUUUAUGAACCAGACCAAACCUUUGAAAGACAUACCUGUCUUAUGAGUUCUAGCUUGUAGCUAAAUAUUCUGCUUGUCUUUUCUUCCUUUGGGGUUUUCUGUUUUGUUUCUUUAACAUUGGUACAGAGUGUUGAUUAGUUUCCUUGACAAUGCAAGCCACCUUGUGCUUUUAACUCCUUGCUGACUAAGCCAAGAUCCACCACAGGGCAAAAAAAUAACUUGUUGCUCAGUGGUAGGUAAAAGUACAAUCGGUUUCUUGUUUAUGUGCUGAUAGUGGGCGGUGUUCAACGGAUUUUUACUCAGAGAACACCUAUUACAAAUAAUGGACCAGACUAAAGUCCUGUCUGCACCAUACAUUUAAACAAACAGGGCCUUCCGCAAAGAAUCUUGGGGACCACAGUUUGUUAAGGAUGCUGAGAAUUGUUAGGGGACCCCUGUUCCACUCUCAGAGCUACAAUUGCCAGGGUGGUUUAACAACCAAAUCCUGUUUCUAGGAAACUCUGAAAACUGUAUAGCGCAGGUGGGCCUAGGACCCACGUACUUACGGGACCGCCUCUCCUGGUAUGCCCUGCAGAGGACCUUAAGGUCCACAAAUGACAACAUUUUGGAGGUCCCAAGUUGCAAGGUGGUUAGAUUGGUCUCAACUAGGGGCAGGGCUUUUUCAGUACUGGCCCCGACUUGGUGGAACGCUCUGUCACAAGUGACCAGGGCCCCUGCGGGACUUGACAUCUAUCCGCAGGGCCUGCAAAACAGAGCUGUUCCGCCUGGCCUUUGGUUUGGACUCAGUCUGACCCUUAUGUUUCCAUCCCCUUACGGUUUUGAUCUAUGGGCUACAUUUAAAAUGAGGCUGCAUUUUAAAUUGCAUUUUAACCUGUAUUUUAAAUUGGUUUAUUUUAUUAUUAUUAUUAUUAUUAUUAUUAUGUUUUUACUGUAAUUUUAAUGGUGUUAGCCACCCUGAGCCUGGCUCUGGCCGGGGAGGGCGGGGUAUAAAUACAAUUUAUUAUUAUUAUUAUUGUCACAUUCAUUAAAUUCAGUGGCCCUACUCUGAGUAAAACUAUCCAGUGAUUUGUCUGUUUUAUAUUCUUUUUUUUCUCUAAACAGUCCCUUUCCUUCAUUUUUAUCCUGCUCAAAAUCCUGUUAUGUAGAUUAGGCUGAAGGAGAGGACGAGAGAGAGAGAGAGAGAGAGAGAGAGAGAGAGAGAGAGAGAGAGUCACCUGGAAUGCUUGAUGGCUGAGUUUCCUUUUCUUAGUCCAGUCACUAUACCAUGUUGGUACUCAUGAGCCAUUCAUUGUUCUUUCAGGCCUUGAUCAGAACAGCUGCAGGGGAAGAGGCAAACAAUCUUCCUUUUUUGGGCAGGGGGAGGGGGGAGAGACAAUGCAGUGGAUUUGCUUAAUAAUAAUCUAAAAUGGAAGCAUUAAGCAUCAGCUAAUGAAAUAAAGUUAUGUCUGAGAUUGCAAAAGGAAUGAAAGGCCCAGGAAAUAAUAAAGCUUUAAAAGAGAAACAGGCAUUCAUGAUUCAGGCCAGCAAAUGAAUAACUUAAUGAGCCUGUUUCAGACAUCGCUUAUCUCAAUCCUAUUAACCUGGGACGGUUCCAUUGAUUUCGGUGGAAUUUACUUGCAAGGAAGUGGGCUUGGGGUUGCUGUUAGUUAGGCAGCUGGACCUGAGACAGAUUGACUGGGAAGUAAGUCCUACUGGGUUCAGCAGGGCUUACUCCCAGAUUAGCAUUGAUGGGAUUGCUGUGUUUGUCGCAGAAGUGGAUUCGAGAAUGUCAUACGUGGCAGGUCUUCAGGCGAGCUGUGUAUACCAUUUUGCCGCCUGAGGCAAAACAGGAAUUGCCACUUUUCCCUGCCCUGCUGCUGCUUCUCUGCUCAGUCUGCCGCUUCUGCCAUUUUGGGCGCCAUUUCAGCCAAUACCGGAGGCAGCGGGGCACCCACAGGGCUUCCGCCACCUUAGUUUACCUAAUGGCAGAGCCGGCUCUGCAUCCAGAAGAGUCCUAAUGAAAAGGUGGGGAGAUGUGGGUUGGGAAGUGUUAUGCACUAAAGUUCUCACCCUGGGCCAGCAGGGGGAUAUUGUAGAUAGUUUUCACUCAGGUCCACAUAUGCAAAUAAGGGAUUGAAAGUGAUGUUCAGUGAUUGGAUAGUUUCAGAAAGUUGUUACAGUUACGUUGUGCUGGAGCUCUAUAUAAGCAGGUUGGCCGAAUCCUUCAGUUCAGUUCUGUUCCGGCCUGUGAAUAAACAAGAGCUGUUUGAAGAAUAGCUGUGUCGUCUGAUAUGUUCACCCACAACUUAACAGGAAGCCCUGUGUAUCAUGUUGGCAGGGGCAAAAGCGGGGGGCGGCGGCGAUUUAUUAGCUAACCAGCUCCAGCUGAUCCAAAGCUGCUGCUACCCUACCCUCUAGCAGCCCAUUUCAAGGCUUAUUACCCAGCUGGAGGUAACUUGGGGUCUCCACUGUGGUAAACCCCACCCAUCUUAUCUGUUGGCAGAGGCUGGCAAUGAUGCCACGCUAGGUCUCCACUUCCCUGGCUAUCGAUAUGGGAGGCACUAGAAUGGGCUUUUUUUAUUGUACAGCACUUUCUUCCCCACCCAAGACUGAAAGUCUACCCCUGGAAUCAGGGCCGGAUUUAGGUUUGCUGAGGCCCUGAGCUACUGAAGGUAAUGGGGCCCUUUAUAUGUCCAGCUGUCCUUUGUCAACAACAAAUUGUCACUGUUUUUUGUGUUGAAUAUAUGCUAUUUGGUAAUUUAUGGACCUAAUAGGUAUCUAAAGCCGUUUGCGCAUAACAAAAUAUGUAUUUUAUCAAAGUAAUUGUUGAACAAUUGGAAAUGUACAUCCAGGUGUUUUUUCCCUUUAAUUUUUUGUUUGGGCCCCCAAGAGAGUGGGGUCCUAAACUAUAGCUUGUUUAGCUUAUACAUAAAUUCCGCACUGACUGGAAUAUAUUGUUAAGUAGGGUUGCCAUAUUUCAAAAAGUGAAAAUCCGGACACAAAAGUUGUUGCAGUUUUUUUGGCAAAGUUGUUGAGCUAUUUUUGUGUGCAAAAUCUCAAAAAGAAAGUUUUUUGAGCUAUUUUUAAUGGAAAUCACCCAAAUCUACAUCAACGUGGAUUUUCCCGGACACUUCAGCGAUUUUUGCCCAGACACUGCUUAAGAGAGCUGAAUACCGGCCAUAUCCAGAGAAUUCCAGAUAUUUUGAACAUCCAUAGAUGACUUAAUUUGCGUGCUUUCUUUCUGAGACUGAUACAUUACUAAUUUCUUUUGCCACUGGGGCAGCUGCUGUUUCUUUUAACAUCUAUAGGAAAUGGAGCCAGUGAACCCCUUUUCACUGGCAUAUCUUUCAGUCUGAGCCUUCUCCUAUAUUAUUCCUUCAGAACAAUCUUUCAUACAUUGCAUUGCUUUUUCUUCAAGAGGAAGAUCUUUAAAUAAAAUAAUAAUAAUAAUAAUAAUAAUAAUAAUAAUAAGUAAAUAGGGCGCCUGAACUUGAGCUGGGUCGUCAGUGUUGUUAACUGGCUAGGCCUAGCAGACUAGGCUGGGAAGUUGUAGGGCGACUCUCUUACAAAAGCAAACGUCCUGAACACAGAUUGGGUUGAUUGACAGGCCCUGUGUCUCUUGGCUUUCCAGACUGUACGUGCACCCAGAUUCUCCGUUCACGGGGGAACAAUUGCUGAAGCAGAUGGUGUCCUUUGAAAAAGUGAAGCUAACAAACAACGAGCUGGAUCAGCACGGUCACGUGAGUAGCUGGUCCUGUGGGAAGGGAAACAAUGUCCGCUCUCUCAGGCAAUGACACCUGCCGGCACACCUGGUGGGAACGGGCGUUAUGAGCAGAGCCCCGGUGGCUGUUGGGAAGGUGCUGCUGUUUUUAGGUGGCUGCGAAGGGGUGCGAAAUGUAAUGGGGGGAGCAAGGGAUGCCUUGGGUCGGGGAGAAGGUUCUGUCAUUUAUACCUCAUUUAUCCUUCUCUUGCUUCUGUCCUCUUUGUUCAGCAGCCCAGCAUCUUAACAUCUUUGUAGUCACCAGCCCAUGACCCCAUUUAACAAUUUCUCGCCUUAAACAGGCUUCUGUGGUGGUAUGCUUGUCCCUGCCCCCUAACAAUAAUAAUAAUAAUAAUUUAUUUUAUUUUAGCCCUCCCCAGCCCAAGACGGUCUCAGAGCGGCUAACAACAGUAAAAUGAUACAACAUUCUAAAAUCAUUUCAUUAUAAAAACAGUUUCUUGUGCAUCUUUCCCCCCAUAUAAUCAUUAUAAUACGGACGUAUUAUUGGGCAUGUUCUCUUUAUCUGUCUAGUGCAAGCCUUAGUGAUGUAAAUUUCAGUUUUGCACAAGAUCUCCGUAUUAAAUAUUAAUGGAAAUGCCUAUCCCUCCCUGCCUAUCCCUCCCUCCUGGAUCACAAGGUACCAUUUUGCCCACUGUGAAACAUUUACUGGGAUGGAUGGCAAAUGGUGGAACAGCGAUGCACACCAGUCCCUAAAACAAAUGGAAAUGUGCGGAAGCUAACACAGUAAGCUUGUACACACAGAAAAUCAGGUCUGCUUGUAACAGACAUCCUCCACUUGGAAGUAUCCUGAGAUGGGCUUGGAAGGCCCAUUGGUGUGAAAAAAUUCUCCUGAUUUAAGUCCCAUUGAUUUCAGUGGGGAAGAAGCAUAACUAAUGGAGGCUGCGAUGCUAUGCAUAAUUUACUGUUGAAUUCAGUGGGACCUACUUCUGAGUAGGCAUGUCUGCACUCACACAACUCUCCUUGUUAGCUUUUAAGAAGAAUUUAUUUCUCCCACUGUCAUAAUGGAGAAAUGAUGGUGUGAUUGUUUGUCCUUACUGGAUGUCAUUAUUCAUUAACCCUAAAGAAGGCAUCAAAGUCCCUGGGUGGAAGUCUUGCAGCUGUAUCUAUGUGAUGGUUGAUAUGAAAAGUGUGUUUCUAAGAAAUAGAAAUGAGAGCUUUAAAAAAUUGCAAUAGCAGUAGCUGAGCCAGCUUGUCAAGAAUACAGUAAUAUGACAAAGAUAUAUUGUCUUUCCUUGUCUCAUAGAAUCUAACCCAAGAGCCCAGGGCAACUAACUCUUAGUAGUGCGGUACAUUAUCUGGGACCAGACUGCUGCUUUUUUAGUGAUAUGAGCCUUGGUGUCCCCCAAGGAAGACAAUUAUUCACAGAGUGUUUGUGAUUAUACUUUCUCUACAGAGAGCUAUUGGCUUUGAUCAGGAUCAGCAAAGGCCACUGCGUUCCUAAGGACUAUAAAAAAACCAUAUAGUGAUAGAAACUGGGGAAAGUUCUUUUUCUGCACCAAAUCCUUCUGCUUUUGCAAUUGUUCAUAAAGACAACAUGAGCUGGUCUUACACAGUCAGCUGAGUGAGGCAGACGGCAGAAAAGGAUCACAUUUCUGAACGUGCAUCCAAAUUCUGUGCAAAUAGUAAUAAAACUAACAGCUAAAUGAUAGGAUGGAAGAUUCUGCUCCAGCUUUUGCUCUUAGGGAGUGGAUGGUUCAUCCCGGAAUAUUUUUUUGAAUGCAGAGAAGCAUUUGAUACCCCUCACCUGCAGUCUGAAGUGGGGCAGUCCACAUUGUCCCAUCAUUCUUCUGAUUCAUCAUUUUUCCCUCUUAGAAAUCUUUAAAUUAGGAAAGAGAUCUGUGAGGGAACAAUUUAUUGCAUAUUGCUAAUUACAAGGUCCUAGCCGUGAGCUGUGGAACAGUUGAUAUAUGUGUUGCAGAAAGGUGUUGCAGAAAUCUUGGGCGGAAGUAAAAAAGUUGGUAGUUGUUGGGAUUUGAAUGGAUGCUAGGAGAGAAUAUAUUUAUUAGAUAUUAUCCUUCCUCCCUCAAGUUUGUGAGUUCAGCAGAGUGCAUCCCUUUGCAGCUUAAAAAGAGAAGCUUAGAUGGGCUAGUUUUAGCCUUUUAGUUUAAGUAAUCCAGAAUGCUUUAAGACAGACCAGAUUCUCCUGGUAUUUCCCACCUUUCUCCCCCUUGAAACAAUAAUCACGCAAACAGUCUUAUAAUAGGUAAAAACAACACUUACUCACUCAGAAUACUAGUUGAAGAAUAACAAAUACCGCAGCUUUGUUCAGGCAGACUUAAAAUGGUAAAUCAGUUACAAAGGCUUACUUAAGCCUUGCUUAAAAUGGAGCAUGUAGCUCAGACUUAGCAGAUGCUUUCACAUUGCUGGCAUGGUGAUGAGUGGUAAGAGAGUAGGAGAACACGCCAAAGCAGGCAGGAGAAUAUAUAGCUAUGCCCUCCCCCUGUCAGGGCACAGUGGGGGUGUCUCUCACAGAGUCCCCUCAAGCAAGUUUACAGGAAAACUUUGUGAGCUUCAGCUCCUAUCUAGCAAAAGACGAACUGUUGGUUUGACUGCACUUUAAAUACCCCACAGUAGUGAGUGUUGACUUGAAUCUGAGUAGCUCUUCCCUUUAUCUCCUCUCCAGAUAAUCUUAAAUUCAAUGCACAAAUACCAGCCUAGGGUGCACAUCAUCAAGAAGAAGGACCAUACAGCUUCCUUGCUCAACCUGAAGUCUGAAGAAUUCAGGACAUUUAUAUUUCCAGAGACUGUGUUUACUGCUGUCACUGCCUACCAGAACCAACUGGUGAGUGUUUUAUAACUCUUAUUAGUCUUUUCAUCAAUGCUACUACUGGACUGAGAGAUGAAAAUGAGGGUUGAGUGCCUGAAUUGCAAGGAUGAAGAGGUCCUCCCCCUCUUUCCCUGCUACUUUUUGUGCUUGUAAACUGGAUCAGGCCCCUGCAGCAGGUUCCUGUUGAAAACCAUCCCCUCCUUUGGAGACAAAUAUGGCGGGGUAGCAGAUGAUACUCAACCGAUGCAGGAGAAACAGAUGCAGGAAUACACACUGGAUUGGGGCCCUGCAGCUGCUUUCACUUAAAAAUGCAAGUGACCUGCUUAAAAAGUGUGAACAAUGUGACAUGAUUUGGUCCUAAGGAUGUCACGAAGUCUUAUGUCUUCUUUGGGCAGACCGGCUGCAGCAUUACACUGCAAUCGGAAGUCGUUGGGUGUUUGUGAUGACAUUCCAGACACAGUGAGGAAAUACAGUGGUACCUCGGGUUAAGUACUUAAUUCGUUCCGGAGGUCCGUUCUUAACCUGAAACUGUUCUUAACCUGAAGCACCACUUUAGCUAAUGGGGCCUCCUGCUGCCACCGCACCGCUGGAGCACAAUUUCUGUUCUCAUCCUGAAGCAAAGUUCUUAACCCGAGGUACUAUUUCUGGGUUAGCAGAGUCUGUAUCCUGAAGCGUAUGUAACCUGAAGCGUAUGUAACCCGAGGUACCACUGCACUGUAACAUUUGGGCAUUUUUAAUUUAGAAAAGGGACGCGGGUGGUGCUGUGGGUAAAACCUCAGUGCCUAGGACUUGCCGAUCGUAUGGUCGGCGGUUCGAAUCCCCGCGGCGGGGUGAGCUCCUGUCUUUCGGUCCCAGCUCCUGCCCACCUAGCAGUUCGAAAGCACCCCUAAGUGCAAGUAGAUAAAUAGGUACCACUUUAUAGCGGGAAGGUAAAUGGCGUUUCCGUGUGCUGCGCUGGUGCUGGCUCGCCAGAGCAGCUUCGUCACGCUGGCCACGUGACCCGGAAGUGUCUCCCGACAGCGCUAGCCCCCAGCCUCUUAAGUGAGAUGGCCGCACAACCCUAGAGUCGGACACGACUGGCCCGUAUGGGCAGGGGUACCUUUACCUUUAAUUUAGAAAAAAAGAUGAGUUAAGGGAAAUGAUAGAGAUGUAUAAAAUAACGCAGCUGGGGGGGUGUGGGAAUGGAUAGAGAGAGGCUUUUCUCCAUCUCUCGUAAUCCUAGAAUCCAGGAUCAUCCAGUGAAAUGCAAUGUGAGAAGAUUCAAGACAGACAAAAGCACAGGAGCCAACUCCUAAGGGUCAAGGGGUCUUUGGCCCUCCCAAUAAAAUAUUUGAGGGGAUGACCCCCCCCCAAGUUGAUGGACAUUGCCAGUGCAUUCAAAUGGUGUGCAUGCUUGAUCUAUUAUGCGGGCCGGGCUUACCUGGGCCCCGCAAUAUUUUAUUCAGGUUAGCGCCCCUGGGCAAAAGGAAGUCUGUCUUUAUACUGUGAAUGUGGAAUUUGCUAUUACAAGACGAAGCAAUGGCUACCAACUUGGAUGCCUUUAAAAGGGGUUAGACAAAUUCACUGCAGAUAAGCCUAUCAGUGGCACCAGCUAUGGCGGCCAUAUUCCAAGUCCGCAAUUCUAUGGUUCUAUGACUCUACUUCUGGUAUUGAAGCUGCUGUGUGGUGAGAGCACUAUUCCAUUCAUGUCCUGCUUGCGGACUUCCUAUGGGAAUCUAUGAUUUUCUAGGCUGGUCUGGGGAGCAGUUUCACAGAACAAAGAGGGCAAACGACUUCCCAUGAGCCCGUUCCACAAUGGAACCUUCAGAGACUUUGACGAAAGAAUCUCCCUCUGCCCUUUGCUUUGUGAAAUCUCAAAAUAGCUUUCUGACACUCAUCCCUAAGCCAUGUCAGAAAAACUCUUCUCUGGUCCCGGAUGAGGGGCUCACAUCCGAGCCAUUUGGAGAGGUGUUGCUGGAGAAUCACAAGACCGCACUGCUUAUGUCUGAAAGGAGAACAGCGUUUCCCAACACCUUCCUAAUACAGGCAAGUCUGAGCUUGCUGAUGAAGCCGUGAGACAUGGUGCGUGAUCAGGCUGAAGCUGAAUGUGUGGCCUGCAGCCGCGACAGCAAGCUAGAUCUCCAGAUCUACACUGGGCAGGUAAAUGGCACCAGCAAGGCCCAGUAGGGGAAUGGGGAAUUCUAAACGCUUUCUAGACAAUUUCUAGAGUCUGAUGUCCAUCCAAAAUGUGCAUCUCAUCAAUCCACAGGGGCAGACUCUCUACGAAUUCAAGACCAGAACACAUUCCCCAUACCCUCCAACAUUCCUCAGAUGAAAAUAGGGACAUUUCUCACUCCCUGCAAUUGAACCUUCUCAACCUGCCGUUUUUGGGGCCCCGCCCCCGCCCCCACAGAGCAUUUCUGUCAGAAAAAGGGCAGGUGCCAUCGCUACACCAAUGGGACACAGCACGCACACCCUCCACCACCCUGAAAAAAGCCCUUAACCCCGAUUUAAUUUUAUUCUUUGGUAGAUUUACAAAAGGAAAACACACACCACUAAUUUUUUUAAUAUUUUUUUUAAGAAAGGGGCAAGAUUAGACGCAGAUGCACAAAGCAGUUUUUUUAAAAUCAAGACUCCUUGCGCUCCACGAACCCUUUCUUGCCACGCAGGGUGGCCCUGCACCUCAGAGCUGACGCACCAUGCGCGGCCCGCCCUGAUUUCAGUAGCACCCUUACUUUGUUCCCCCCAAAAUGAAUCUGUUUUGACCAAAUGUAUACGUAGUUUCAGUUAUUUAGAUGCUUAGAAUUUGGCGCAUUUCCAAAAGGCUCAGAAUAGUAGAUAGCUGCAUUUUUGGUAGUUUACAUCCCUUUUGGGACGGGGGUGGCAUCGUGGGUGCCACCCACAGAGCCUAGGACUUGCCGAUUAGAAGGUCGGGGGUUCGAAUCCCUGUGAUGGGGUGAGCUCCCGUUGCUUGGUCCCUGCUCCUGCCAACCUAGCAGUUCAAAAGCACGUCAAAGUGCAAGUAGAUCAAUAGGUAGCGCUCCAGCGGAAAGGUAAACGGUGUUUCCAUGCGCUGCUCUGGUUUGCCAGAAGCGGCUUAGUCAGGCUAGCCACAUGACCCGGAAGCUGUACGCCGGCUCCGUUGGCCAAUAAAGCGAGAUGAGCGCCGCAACCCCAGAGUCAGUCACAACUGGACCUAAUGGUCAGGGGUCCCUUUACCUUUACAUCCCUUUUAAAAAAUAGCCACAAUCUAUCACAUUAUCCACACUGAACACAGUGCGUCUUGCUUGUGAGCAGCAACCCUCUGUAUGCUUACAUGACAGGGACCUCUGCUGAACGCAACUAUGCUAAGUUCCAAAUCUUCUAGGUUUUCAAACCCGAUUUCAAAGGAAACUUACCACAUGGAAGUAAUUGGUGUAUAAAUGAAUUACGUAAAUUAAAAAUAGAAUUUAUCUGCCUGGCAGCUAUGUGUUUACCCUUCAUAUAGAUCCUACUGUCUUAUAAACUUUGAAUUAAGCUUCAGGCCUAUGGGAGGGGGGGAAAGGUGUUUGCCUGGACAAAGCAGUUUUAGAAAGCUGUGGUCUGAUUCUCCAGCACAUCCCGUAAAUACUGCCAAAUUUCCCUCUGGAAAUCCUAGAGACAGAGGCUGUCGUAUUACGUAUGACUAAUGAAAAUGGAACCUCUCUUAUUUUUGCCAUUUCUUUCACUGCUGGUUUUAAGGGGGAUGAUUACAUUUCUGCGGGUUAUUAGAUAAGGGCUAAAUACAUUACACUUUCAACAAACUAUCUCACAUUUAAGAUUUAAAGGUCAUGCAUUUGUUUAAACAGUCAAGCCACUACGGGAGAGUUGAAUUGUAGGUCAACUUUCAUUUUUACAAGCUUUCUUGGAGAUGUUCUCAUGAUUCAUUUGGGAACUGGGAGUUUAAAAAAUGACGGCAACAGCAUCCAACAAAUCUGCAAACCACCUUCCCAUUCUGAUGUUAAACUGGUGUUGCUCCUGUACUGAGCAUUUUCUGUGCAACAGCCAUGCUUUGUGGAUUCCCUUUUUAUGGAGCAUCUGCACAAUACUGUGAAAAGAGUCCUGUUUUGUUUGUCCCCCUGAACAGCUUCCAUUUUUUUUUAAUUCGGAGCUUAGAAAUAUUUUUUUGUGUUUAAAUUGUGUUUUGACAUUGUGAUCUACCCUGGGACCUCAGGGUGAAAGGCAGGUAAUAAGUAAAUAAGCAGAUAUUAACCACACCAUUUCCCCAGGCAAACAUGGCUUAUCUUUCUUGUUUCUGGCCAAUUCUGUCUUAUCUAGAUUGCUCCAGAUACUUGUAGAUUGCUCACCAUAGUCUUCUCCAUGGUCCAUCUCUCCUCUGUAGGAAUCAACUUUGUCACUUUGCUUCCCUUUUGAAAUGACAUUGCCAGAAUAAGAAUAAUACCAUCCCACAGUGAGAAAAAUUAUUUGCUUCUGUACUGGUGGUGCUCAAGAUUGAAAAUGUUAAUUCCCCUCAUGGAAUUGAGAUAUGUCUACCCUUCAUAGUAUUUUUAAAAAAUGAGACAACUUUAUUGCAUUCCUGUGUAACCAAGUCUCAGUUUAUCACCCUGUCAACAUUCUCCACACAAAAACAUGUGGCCAUUUUGGAUGGUUAUUUUGGCGGAGAUGCCGUGAACUGGUCCAGUCCUGAAGAGGAGGCCUGGUUUCAGUAGCUGUCCUGGGUCCCAAUAACACCACACUCCUGAUUUACAAUGGUUUGAGCAAGAAAACCAGACUUUUACACUUUGGGGGCUUUCACAAAUCCCUAGGGAGAAAUUUUUGCUAGACUUAUUGAAAUGUUUAGCUUUCCUUGGGAAUUCCUGGGAUGUUUAACUUGAGCAGGAGCUUCCACUUUUGCUGCAAAAUUGCCUUUGACAGUUGAGGGACAGUUUAGGUCUCAAGAAAGUUCUCGUGUCUUGUAGCAAGCCUCCUCACCUUUCACAAAGUUCCUCUCAUGUCCUUCUGAGGAGAAAUAUGUAUUACAAAAAAUGCUUCACAUUUUGCUUUAAGGGAAAUUAAGUGGCAACAACUAUAGCUCCUGAGCCCUGAAUGGUGGUCUUCAAAUGCCAUUACAGAAGAAGCAGGAAGUCACAUCUUUGCCAGCCUGCCUCUGAGAUGAGAUAAAUUGGGUAGAAGCGCAGCAGGGGACUUGGUAUGGAUGGUUUGGAUGGGGUCAUGGGCUGUAAGACUAUCUCCUCAAAAGCUGACCGCAAAUGCACUCUGCUCUUCUCUGUUUCCAGAUAACCAAGCUGAAGAUUGACAGCAACCCUUUUGCUAAAGGAUUCAGGGACUCAUCUAGACUCACUGAUAUCGAGAGGUAAGAAGGACUUUUUGUUUACUUUUUGUUCAAGAUAAGAUAAUGCUGAGGAGAGAGGAAGAGCUGUCGUGAAAAGUGUUCUGUCCUCUCCCACGAAGCUGUAGCGUUUGCAAGUUCGUGUUGCACUGUAAGAGGUCUCAGGUAAUUUAUAUAAAUACUCAAAAAUAAUAAGUUUGCUCCCCUGAAGAUCCCCCCACCUUUUCCAAUUGCUGCUCUAAAGGCAAAAUGAUCUCGUGAGCUGGCCACUCAAAUAACUCAUAUGUCUAUCCCACAUAAACACACAUAUGCAUGACUUCGUAUAAAAUAAACACAUAACUUAGUGGUUGCCGUUUAUCUCUCGCAUUUUUAAGUCUUUCUCAUGUCUUUUCUUAACAACCUGUAUGUCUUUUUGUCCAAGCCCACAACCAGAAUAUUCACCUUCUCAUUCAAACCCUCUGCAAGGUCAUGGAGAUAGUCCCCAUCAGACUAUUUCAGAACAUGAACAUGCUUCUUCCUUUGUUUGCUUGUGUGAACGUUUGUUUGAUCAUAAAGAUGUUGAUGGAACCUAAGGGACAAGGUAUAGGUUUACGACAAGGUAUAGGUUUUUCUAGAUUUAAAAAAAGCCUCAUUAACUCCAACCAAAGGACAACUGGAACCCAGUGCAGAUAUUAAGGAAUUGUUGUCAUCAUUAGGCACUCUCUUCUCUUUCUUGGACCAUUGCAAUGUCCUUUUGUCUCAUGAGAACGAGAAUUUGCAUGGCUAUUUUUAAUGGCCUACUUUGCUCCAUUUGUACAGUGGAACCUCAGUUGUCAAACGCUUCGGAAGUCGAACGUUUCGGCUUUCGAACACCGAAAACCCAGAAGUGAAUGCUUCCGUUUUCGAACGCGCCUUGGAAGUUGAAUGGCUUCCCAGGCGCGGUUCUCCGUUUUUUCAAUGGAUUUUGCCAACUGGCAAUUGUGCCUCGGUUGUUGAACAUUUCGGAAGUUGAAUGGUCUUCUGGAAAAGAAUUACAUUUGACAACCGAGGUUCCGCUGUAAUGGGUGUAUGAAGACAACAUGUUAUUUCUGUCCCACAUUUUAACAGUGUGGUCAGAUCAUCUUGGUCCCUUAGCAGGAUGGCAGCUGGUUUAGCACAGAUUAUUUUAGCUGGUCAUUUGUAUGCCAAGGGCAGGAUCUCAAUCCCAACCCCAUUCACUGAAUACCCCCAGCAUCAAAAUCAUUUAAAAGGAUCAUACUAAAUCAGGCAUUUCUGCAAGAAGACGGCAGUCCUUACUAAGAAGUAAGCCCCACGAAUACAUAGACACCUGCGUGCAACAAAAAUGGUUUGGAUUGGGCUAUUUAUAUACCACAUGAUUUCUGAGGUUCAGGUUACACCCCAGUCCAGCUGGCGCCUUGGGCAGGUGCCCUUACUUACAUGCCCGGCUUGCUAUGUGAUUACCACUCCAUCAAUAAUGUGGUGACCUUCAGAUAUUCUUGGAUUCCUUGUCUCAUCAGCCACAGGAAGCAUGACCAACGGUCAGGGUUGAUGGAAGUUGGUGUCCAAACUUCCACACCAGCUACCUCAGGCCUAGUGGAUUGGAAGCAGGUCGGCUUAGUGCAAAUUUAUACAUACCAAAAACCUUUCAUUACACAACUCCACUCAUUUCAUUGAAUGACGGACCUUGAAAACAACUUGCAAAGUUAAUAGAGUCUCAACUGCCAUUUCUGGAGACAAACAAUAUUAUCAGUUCCAUUUACAUGCCUUGGCACGGACAGUUUGCCAGUUCACAUUCACACCUUCUUGAAAGGUGGAUAUUUGAUUAGCUCUUGUAAUCAGAUAAUCCAUUUUUUGAAUGGACUUCUUAAGGCAGACACACUUUUUUGUAUGAACAAUUUGGGCUAUAGCAUGGUCACCUAUGCUGGGCAAAGCAUCUGUGAGGACUUUUAUUCCUUGCACACUGCCUGUCUUUGGGUUGACCUAAAUAGUGUGAAUGUGGGACAAAGCUUUGGAUUUAAUUUCCAGAUAUUUAAGUCUGCUUUUUUUCCUAACUAGCCUUUAGGGAGGGAAGCAAAUCAGAUCAAUUGAUCUUUAGAGACCUAAAGAAAUCAAAUUAGGCUGGAGUCAGUUACCGCACUAAACCAUCUAGUAAUUGGAUUGCUCCAUGUAACUGAUUGAACACUGCUUCUAUCUGCCGCAAUAGAGGCUGGGCUUCCUUUCGGUUGAUCUGAGAGAAAAAACACAUCUUUUUAUGACAUGAUGACAGACAUUGCACUUUUCUAGCCUAAUUGAAUAUGUUUUUUAUAAAUACACGACUCUAACAAUUUCAAACUUCCCAUUUCAAAUUUACGGUCUCUGCCAGGACUUAAUUUGAGCCAGGGCUCAACGCGGAAUCUGUGAGCUCAGCCUGUUUUCGAUGGCAGGGCUUUGUCUAAGAAAGCAUCUGAGCAUAGACAGAGUGCUUUCCCUCCACUGCUGAGAUCCUUGUUGGGGGAACACCUGGGCUUAAAGGCAAACUUCAUACAGAAUGGUUUCCAGGCAGGUUGAGCCUUAGCCCAAUACCAGACUGCCUACUCAGAGCUAGGUAGCAUUUCUGCGGGCCCAGUUCUCUGCAAAUGGAUUCCUAUGGGUAUUCUGUUGUAUUCAGAGCCAGAGAGUUCACUGUCACUGCCCCCUUAAGCAUAGUUUGCAUGUCUACACAGAAGCACAUGGGCGAGGCCAUCUGAGUGGAUGUUGUUCACUCAGCCAUUGUUCUCCCAGCUAGGCUCCCAUCACAGGUAGGACAGCCAUCAUACCAUGUUGUGAUCAUGUGAUUCUGAUAGCUGCACAUAUACUACAGCUGCAUAUGGCUGUUGUGCAUAUGUGUGUGAGGAAGAGGAUGGUACAGUUUGUUUUUGUCUUCUGCCUUUUAGUCACCCUUCCCUUCUUCUGCACUGAGGUGCCUGGUGAAUUUAUUUUUAUGCCUCCUUUAGAACCCUUUUCGAUGACUCACCUCUGGUGGUUGUUGUUGUUUUUUGCAAUCUGGGCAUUCUUCCAAAUGUGCAAAGAGGCAACUGCACGAAAUGAAAACCUUUUGAAAUUUAGAACUAAAGAAGUCCUUCACGCUCGUGACUGCCAAGCCAUGCACUCCACAUCCGCUUUGGCGGUUUUCUUUUGUCGGGUGUUGAAUGGAGAGGCAAAUUUGAUUCGUGAGCUUUUAUUAUUUGUUCUCUCUCAUUAAUAUUCUAUUCACCGGCAAUCACUUAAAAACAAAAGAGGAGAAAUGAUGAGUGGGUGACUUCUUACUGCAUGGGUGGCCAGUCUAUGGCACGGGGAGAAGUCUGCGACUCUUGGGGAUCAGCCCCUGCCUUCCCUUCCCCGCAGUGGCAAACUUUGGGCCCUCAAAUUUCAGCGGUACCCUGCGCCUACACUAACAUUUGGUGCUUCCCUGCUUCUCAUUCUCUGUUCCACAGCACUGCUGUGGUGCCCCCUGCAGUGUGGCUGAACCAGUCCCGCUACCCUAAAACCAUUUCUGUUCCCAGUGCAGCCCAGUUGCCUCUCCCAGUAGGUUCGAGUCAAGAGACUAAACACAUAUGGUUGUACAAACAAGAAUGGUAGUUGUUGGCACCUGCCUGUCUCAGGAGACAAUAGAGUGCGCCUCCGGGGGUGAAGUCAUUAGCAGCACUGGGGUGCAAGCCUGGGCAGUGUGCAUGGAGGUCCUGGGCUGCCCAGAUGACAAGACCCCCCUCUCGGCCUCGCUGAUGUGGUCCAAAGGAAAGGAAAGAAGAGUACCGUAUGUUCUGGCAUAUUAGGCGACUGGGCGUAUAAGACGACCCCCCAACUUUUGGUGUUAAAUUAUAGAGUUUGGCCGACCGCCAAGCACCGCCAGGGGCGGAGCGUGCACCCCUCCACUGCCUCUGCCGUCGCAGCAGCAGCAGCAGCCCGAGGUGAGGCGUUUGGUGGGCGGAACAAAACCGAAACCCGCCACCAGGAGGGAGGGAGGCCCGGCCUGGCUCCCUCCCUCCCUCCGGGAAAAGGCUGCGAGCAGCCGCCUCGGCCUCUGCUGCCCUCACUAGUGGGGAUGCCCAGCUCCUUGGAGGCCCGGCCAAAGCCGCGCACCACCUCACCACUGCAGGCUCUUCAUGGCGCCCGCGAGCUGGGCGAAGCCCGCGCGGCCAUGGCGGAGGCCGGAUCCGGCUCCCACAACGACGGCAGCAGUAGGUGGGCGGGCGGGGGGAGCGCCAUGCUCGGAAGGACUUUCUGCUGUGAGGAGAGAGCAGCGGCCAAUGAACACGCGCUGUGCCGGUACGGAAGAGGAGGGGCCACGCGCUGCGUCACAGGAGGCUGCGUCCCCUUCCGUGGGGAGGGAGGAAGAGCGAUGGCAGAAGGGGCGCCUCUGCUCACCACAGGUGGCUCCACAUAUACCCAGCGUAUAAGACGACCCCGGACCUUUUGGGUGAUUUUCCUGGGUUAAAAAGUCGUCUUAUAUGCCGGAACAUGCGGUAAUAAAUUUGGCACCAGUUUGCCUGCAGGAGUUGCCAGAAGGAGGCGUACAAGGCGACACCCAACCGUCUUAGGGACUUCACUCCGGUUUUGUGUAGGGUUUGUUGCUUAGCUUUUUCUUCUGAAGAUAAACUACAAGGCAGCGGAAGUUUAGGAUCAGAGUUUUCUUUCUACCUUUCCAGGUUGACGAGCCCCAUCCGCCCCUUACUUCCCUCUACAGACAGCACAUGCAGAAAGUGCCUUCUUCACCAUUGGACCCACAACUGGUCUCAUCUGCUCAAAGAGCGGUGCUAUCUUAUAUUUUGGGCGUACCUGUUGGGUUGCUUUUGCUUGAGCCCUUUCCUGGAAUUGCUGCUCUUUGUUAACUCGCUUUUUUAUGGAGAGCCCAGCUGACCUUGCUGUUGGCCUGUUGGAGUCCACUGUUUUUUUGUACUGACCUGUGUUUUCCAGUCCUGAUUUGUGGGUUCAUUGGUUUUGGUCACAAUUGAUGUAUGAGGUAUUUCCAGGCCCUGUCAGCUUUACAUGGAGAAGGGCAUAGCUCACUGGUGGAGCAUCUUCUGUUGCCAGUCAUUGUAGACCAAUACUGAGCUAGAUGGACCCAACGCCUGACUGAAUAUGACAGUUUCCAGUAUUCCUGUGUUCUUAUUAAUAAAUCUGCUCUGUCCUAUUUCCGCAUCAAUCUGUAAAUUAAAAACCAAACGUUUGCAUUAUUCUUGAACAUAGUUUUUUCAUCUGAGGUGCAUUUUUGUGCACGUUGUCUCCCAAAGCAUGCAUUUCGUAUGCAUUUGAACCCCAAAUACAGAUUGCUGGUACUUUUCUGAGCCAAGAACCUCAAAAUUAGGAAAAGUAGGAAGAUAAAGGGAUAACUGUAUUCCAAAUUGUGUAUUUGUCCAGAAUGUGUGAAUCUGUUUGGUUUGCUUAAAGAUGUGAAAUGAAUAAAAUUCUCCUCAUUCCUAAUAUAAUAUACCGUAUUUUUUGCUCUAUAAGACUCACUUUUUCCCUUCUAAAAAGUAAGGGGAAAUGUGUGUGCAUCUUAUGGAGCGAAUGUAGGAUGCGCAGCUAUCCCAGAAGCCAGAACAGCAAGAGGGAUUGCUGCUUUCACUGCGCAGUGAUCCCUCUUGCUGUUCUGGCUUCUGAGAUUCAGAAUAUAUUUUUUUUCUUGUCUUCUCCAAAAACUAGGUGCACCUUAUGGUCUGGUGCGUCUUAUAGAUCGAAAAAUACGGUAAUUACAAGACUGGCCUGCCUAAUAUAAACAGGCAAAGGGUUGUUGAGGCUUUUAGGAGCCCAAUCAUCUGUAAUUAAACCUUUCCUGUUUGCAGCCCAUUUUAUUGAGUGGGUGGUGGUGAUUAUUGUGCCGAGAGGGCAGAAAACCAAGAGUGUUGUUAGAGAGUGACCUAGAGGUCCUAAGUCAUGAAUUUUGUGCACCAGGUUUGUGCCUACAAAUGGUUCUCCGUUCACGUCAAAGGACAAGGAGCUCCAUGUGUGCUUAGAGCUGUCCCAUCCAUUGAAGUGAAUGGGGAAGUCAUCUAGUGCUGGGACAUAUAUAUGUGCUCAUGUGUGUGUUUAUUCAGAGCUCUUGAUUGGAAGCUAUGGCUUCUAUCAAUCAUGGAAGAGAAAUAUCUGUAGCAUUUGUGACUGUUCUUUAGGAUUGCUUUUAAUGGAUGGUAUUGUCAAAGUUUAUCUUCAGAGAAAAAUGGCGUUAAGCAUCUGAGGCAAUGUAUAUCUGACUUAUAAACAUGCCCAAAGCUUUUCUAAAAUUAAAGUAGAAUUAUAUAAUUAUUCACAAACUGACUGGCUCAAUAUGUAUCAUUUUUGAAAAAUGUGCAGUUGUGCAGUCUAAAAACACCCUAGAUUGAAUUUCUGCCUCAAAUUGCCAUUGACGUAUUUUUAUGGGGUAGAAUUGUAAUAGGAAAUAUAUUGAUCUGCCUGCUGGUAAUUUAUAAAAUUAUCUGCAUCUGCUUAUGAAAAACACCAUCGCAAGGUGGUGGUGUACAGUACAAGGUGAUCUUGCAGCCUAAGAACCUGUUGAGACAUAAAUGAGAGGAAUCUUAGCAUCACUAAAUUGGGUGACAAAGCUUCCGUUUACAGGUAGGGUCAGUCAUGGUGCUGAUCAGCUAUUUGUGAAGAGAGCUGGAUCCAGUCCCUGCCUGCUCCCCAUAUCUUAGCUUACAUUUGUUUGGGGUCAUCAGAGUACUUCCCUAGUGGCUGUGCGUGUUUCAGCUGCAUGUAGGAAUUAUGUGUUUUGUAUAUGAAGAACAUCUGGAAAGCAACAACGCAUGGAUUUUUGUGAUUUCAGCGUGUGACCCCCAGGUUUUCUCACAUAUGUGCUAUAUCGUACAUGGCCGUUGCUGGAGAGCAAUUAUUCAUGUGUAUGUAACAGUUAUGGGGAACCUGCUAUCUUCCCAGAUGUUGUUUGACUCCAACUCCUGCCAUCCCCAACCCACCUGGCCCAGUAAUCAGGGAUGGAAGGAGCUGAAGUCCAGCAAUUUACAGGCUUCAACUUAGGUUUGUCAUGCAAAUACAAUGGUACAUUUGUUCUCAAACUUAACCCGUUCCGGGAGUCCGUUCGACUCCCGAAACUGUUUGAAAACCAAGGUGUGGCUUCCAAUUGGCUGCAGGACCUUCUUGCACUCCAGCAGAAGCUGCGUCAGAUGUUUGGCUUCCAAAAAACGUUCGCAAACCGGAACACUUACUUCUGGGUUUGUGGCAUUCGGGAGCCGAUUUGUUCGACAACUAAGCCGUUCGAGAACCAAGGUACCACUGUAAUAUAAAAAAUAAAAGGCUUGCUUCUGCAGUUACCUCUGUGCAGAUGUUCACAGCACCUCAAGCUCAGGGGCUGGAGCCACAGACGCAAGUCUCAAGUGGCCUCAGGUGAUCUUGCCUUACAAACCAAAGUGGAGCUGAUGAGCGCUUCCUGGCAGCGAUCUCCAUUAAUGCCGCAGGGUUCUUGCCCAUGCUUGACAGAAAUGAAUGGAGGUUGGGUAGGCACAUGCUUGGCGAACUGCACUACGUUAGAGGUCAGGAACAGGAGACAUUGGGGAUGAGUCUGGUCCCUUGAGUAUUGCCCGCUGGCCCCUGACAUGCCAAUUUGCAGACAAGAGAGGAGUAUAGGAAGGAGUUUUGCUGGUAAUCCGGCGUGACAGAUGAGUGGGACCAAAACCCCACCUUCUACCCCCUCCUUAGAGCACCCCCCACCAUCAAAACCAGUAGCUGAAAAAGUAACUAAAUGUUAACACAAUGGAAUAUUUACUUCAAGGGAGUGUAUUGAACCAAAGCCUGAAGAGCCUUGCUCAUCGACUCCAUGGCCUUUGUAAUAACAUGAAAUGGGGUUUUUUUGCAUUUCUCCUUUUGCUAGAAUCAGGGGGAAAGGGGGCAUUCAGAUCCAUAAUGUAACCAAUGUAGCCUCUUUCUCUCCCCCUUCCCCUUUCCCUUGUAAGAUCUUCUGGGAGAUAACGCUGGAUGGCCACUGUCUUCAAUCACUUAAAAGGCAGUAAUUCAAUUAUAGGCUCCUCUCAGUAGCAACUGCCAUUGCUUUCUGUCCACUUCCAGUCCCCGCAAGUAAAUUGCUUCAAUAAGAUUCUCCUCCCUCUCCCCCUUUCACUCCUUACUCUCAUUUCCCCUCUCCUGCAAGAGGCUUGUAUAUGUAAUGAUACCAGUGAUAUUCCAAGGACAAAAUAUUCUCGGUUCUUUUGUAAGGAGGUGGGAUCACUGUGAUGGAUUUAUUGCACUGUUUGGUAAACUGUCCUCCCCAUUUUAUUUUAUUUUUAAAUUGUAGUAGGCUUUGCUGAAAGGCAAUGCAUUUUUAGUUAGCCUGAGUUACCAAACGCGGGUUCAGCAGGGAUCUCUGCCAAAGGCUAGGUUUAAAUGGCUUCAAUUAACUGGAUUGUCUAUGGGAGCAGGGAUAGACAGCUGAUUUGAAGUGCAUCAGGUCAGAUUGGCCUUUGGGGAAUCCUGAUAGAUAAAAUGGCUUUGUUCAUUAAAUCGGUUCUUCUUCUUACUACUACUACUAAGCUUUCUAGCAGUGCAGCUGAAAUCUAUGUGAUGUUUCUUGUUAAGUAUUUGAAAAAAUGAAAUGAAACUUCGGGUGAAUUCUGUACUCAUAGUGAACACACAGAAAAAGAAGCAAAUUGCUUCUCUGCCCUGCUCCAUGAGUUUAAUCAGAAUCAUUACAAAAACCUGUCCCAUGAGAACCUCAGGCAGACGGGCUCAAAGCGACCCAAACUGCAGUGACCCCCAGCACAGUGGGGUCAAAAAUAAAUAUCAUCCUCUAUCAUAAUCUCCUGACUGUAAAAUCUACAGUGAGUGGUAGUCACUGCUGAGUUGGCUUGAAUUCUGUGCCCUCUGGCUUGUGAUGCUUUAGCAGCUCUGGAAAUAAUCUGGCUCACGGCCAGGGAGAAUUUACACAAUUAUGUGCUAGUGCAAGGGUAGGGAACCUCAGGUCUGGGGGUGGCACUGAAUGUGGCCCUUCAGACUUCUUUAUGUGGCCCCUGGGACUCUGCCCUGGUUAUGCUUUUUGCAUAUCUCUUCCUGGCCAUACUCCACAAAUGCUUUUGCUUGGCUGUAAUGUGUCUUUGAACAGUGACAAAUGCCUUUUGCUUGCCUGGAUGGAAGACGGAGAGCAGUAGUAGUAGUAAUAAUAAUAAUAAUAAAUCAUAAUAAUUUAUUAUGUAUACCCCGCCCAUCUGGCUGGGUUUCCCCAGCCACUCUGGGCAGCUUCCAACAAAACACUAAAAUACAAUAACCUAUUAAACAUUAAAAGCUUCCCUAAACAGGGCUGCCUUCAGAUGUCUUCUAAAAGUUUGGUAGUUAUUUUUCACUUUGACAUGUGGUGGGAGGGCGUUCCACAGGGUGGGUGUUGUGUGUUGAAAGCUCUGACUUUUGCAUUGCCUACUAUACAAAGCUUCUGGCCAUGCUCUCCACUGAGACGCAGUCCCACAGAAGAUUAUGGGGAGCUAACUUUUCCAGCCCUAGUGGUGCAAGUAUUUAGCUAUGUUUGUGUUCUGGCCGAUUCCCAUCCCCUGGUGUCCUGGCAUUAUUCUAUUGUCCAAUCUAUAAUAACCAGGUAGAGUUACGAUUUUUCCUCCUCCACCACCAACAAUAUCACCCAGUGGGUGAAAAUAAUCUACUGUGUUAGGUUGUGGGUACAAGUACAAACUAGUUAGGAAGUAACUGCAUGAUCUUCUACCCUUACUAAGCCUCCCAGGAAGCCAGUAACAGGUUUAUUAUCUGCUACUUUGAAAGCUUCUCUCAAUGUUCCAAACUGAAAAGAAAGUAUGUGUGGUUUUGAUGUUAUUUUAAUCAUUGUCAGCAUAUAACAUGCCCUUUAAGAUCCUUUCUAUGCCCCCGUCAUAACUGGGGCUCUUGCAACUCUGUUCUAGUCUAUGGGGUACUCUAUUUUACUGGGUACCCCAUAAAGUCAGUUUUAAGCCUGACUUACCUCAGUCAAGGCUCCUGAUGUUUUUUACGGGGAUAUCUGAAAGGGCCUUCAGUUCAAAAGAAUCCAAGCACAUGCUUCCAUUGUAUGUCUUUCAAACGGCCUGCCCAAGACAUUUUGACACCUGAGGUAAACCACAAAGUGUCCCGCUUUCCCACCAGGGGAACGUAAAGUGAAAAUUUACAUCGUGAACAAGAUGAGGGGAUAAAGAUCUAAGUCUGAAUUUGCUGUCUUUGUGCAUCCUGCCACCUGAGGCAGUGGCCUCACCUUGCCUCUUGACUGGGCUGGCCCAUAUUAGGAGUAGAGGGAGCUAUUAAAGAAGUGCAUAGAUGGCUUUCAGUCUGUUGCUAACGUGGAAUGUUGUCUUUCACAGAGAAAGCGUAGAGAGCCUUAUUCAAAAGCAUUCCUAUGCACGAUCCCCCAUCAGAACCUAUGGCGCAGAGGAUGAAGUUCUGGGAGACGAAAACCAAGCAGCCCAAAGCAGAGGUAGGAGAACAUCUGAUCUUGAAGAGCAGAGGUUCAAGAUCAGAACCUUUGGUACUUUUUUUUUUUUUAAAAAAUGAUAUUUAUUAAAGUUUCACAAAGAAAGAAUCACAUAAACAAAAAGGAAAAUUCAAAAAGAAAAAGAAAAAUACACAAUGCAAAAUACAAGAAGAAAAAAAAAAGAAAGAAAAAAAACAGUUAAAAACAAUUCCAUCUUUUCAUCACUACUUUUACGUUUACUUGUUUCCCGGACCUCCUCAUACCUCCCUCUUUUGUAUUCCAAUUCAGUUUGUUAAUCCAGCAAUUCCUUUCCCUCCUUUUUAAUCCCAAUCCUUAAUCUUAAUAUAAUAUAGCAUUAAAUUUUUACCUAUUAAAAACCAAUUUUUCCAUUCUUUUAACCUUUUUAAUCCUAAUCCUUAAUCUUGAUAUAUUUAUAACUUUAAAGCCUGUACAGCUAGAAGCCACUUAAUUUCGAUCCAAUAUCACUCUAACAUUCAUUAAUUUUGCAAUAUUUCUGUAAAUAAUCUUUAAAUUUCUUCCAAUCUUCUUCCACCGACUCUUCUCCCUGGUCACGGAUUCUGCCAGUCAUUUCCACCAAUUCCAUAUAGUCCAUCAUUUUCAUCUGCCAUUCCUCCAGUGUGGGUAGCUCUUGUGUCUUCCUUUGGUACUUUCAAACGAGCCCACAAUUUGGAAAGAGGAGGUACCCCUUCUUCCAUGCGAUUCCUGUAUCAUUGUGAAUCUGAUUAUGCACAAUGCUUGGAAUCUGCGUGCCCUCUCCUUUUAUUUAUCGAUUAUUUUUAAAUGAUCCAAGAUAAAUAAAUAAAAUGAUAAAUAACCGGCCCCUUGAAGAAAAUCAGCUGCGCCUGCUGUGCAUGUGGCAGUGACCCCUUUUUAUAAUAAUAAUAAUAAUAAUAAUAAUAAUAAUAAUAAUAAAUUUUAUUUAUACCCCGCCCUCCCCAGCCAAGACCAGGCUCAGGGUGGCUAACACCCAAUAUAAAAACAAAUUUAUUGAAAUACAACUUAAAAACAAGAUUAAAAUACAACAUUAAAACAUUAAAAUAUUAAAAUACGGCCUCAUUUCAAUGGAAACUCAAAUCAAAAACUUUGGGGGGGAUGGUAACGUCAAGUCUUCACCAAGGCUAACUUUCCAGACUGGUCCUACAUGGGCCAGAAAAAAGCCAGGGAAGUCCCCAAAUAGGAGUUCCCAUCACAGAAGGAAAAUGAAAGAGGGGGAGGGGAUCAGGCUGAUUCCAAGCCAAAGGCCAGGCGGAACAACUCUGUCUUACAGGCCCUGCGGAAAGAAAUCAGAUCCUGCAGGGCCCGGGUCUCAUGAGGCAGAGCGUUCCACCACGUCGGAGCCAGUGUUGAAAAGGCCCUGGCUCUGGUUGAGUAUGCCCCCUAACCUAGUGUAGUCUUGCUAUGGCAGCCCCAUUACUUACAUCAGUUGGUACUUAUGCAAACCUCCACUCUUUUCCUUUGUUUGCAGGAUCAGCUUUUACCACUUCUGACAACCUGCCCCUCAGUUCCUGGGUCUCGUCAACCUCAAGUUUCCCGGGAUUCCAACACCCGCAGUCCUUGACCGCUCUUGGUUCCGGUGCUGCGUCCAUAGCCACGCCGAUUCCUCACCCGAUCCAAGGCUCCCUGCCCCCAUACAGCCGCCUGGGAAUGCCUCUAACCCCUUCUGCCAUUGCCAGCUCAAUGCAGGGCAGUGGCCCAACGUUCCCUUCUUUCCACAUGCCCAGGUACCACCACUACUUUCAGCAGGGUCCUUAUGCAGCGAUCCAGGGACUACGCCACUCCUCUGCGGUGAUGACCCCUUUCGUAUGACUGACCUAAGGCGAGAGAAGCCAAGACUUGGCAGGCAAACCAGCCUGGGCCUGUUGGGAAGGCCCAGGGCGAAACGACUAAGAAAACCAGCUUGCAUAAAGGCAUUGUGGAGUUAGAUCCCUCCUCUUGAAGGAUCCGUGUUAAGGGAUGGUUAAGGGAGCUUGAGUGGCUCUGAAAAUGGGCAUGGCCCAAGGGACUCCAAAUGUUGCAAGGUCUCUAAUUAAACGCUGAACGAUCUGAAGGUGCAUCAUAACCACUAGAUGUGAGGCUGCCCUCAUGCAGCAGUGUAUAGUUUGAAUUGUGUAUAGACUUCCCCUCCUGACAGAGGCCAAAGAGGCAAUACUGUGCUUCAUUGCUUUUUAUGAAAGGGGUGGGGGGAUAUUUGUUGCUUUGAGCAUGUUUAGGCUACUUCAGCAUUAAGCUCGUUACGAAAGAAACAGAAGGAAAAGACUGCACCAUUCCCUUCCCUGCACCAUCCUUUAAACUCCUUUAUUUUAAGUAUGGAAUCCAGUUAGUUAAGAACACUGGGCAUAAUCCGCUGGAAUUCCUCCUGCAUGAGCCUUCUUUGAAAUGAAUGGAAGCUGUUUCACCAAACCAUAGAUAGGGUUAACCACAGUUUGCCAAAUUCAGAUGCUAGAACAUGCUAAUGGUUCAUAUAGCUCAGGUGUUUUUUUCUUGGAUACUGACAGCAGCAGGGAGGACUGAUGGUAAAACAGGGUGACUGAAGAUUGCUCUGCAUUCUGUUAUUUUAUUCACAGCUCAUUGCAAAUGUUGGGACAAUUUGUGGGGUACUAAUCUGUGGCGUCUGUCACAUGCACCUCACUCUUACCAUCUGCAAUGGCGAUAUAUCUGGAAUUGGUGAGGGUGAGGUUUAGCACCGUGUUACUUUGAAGAACAUUGUACAAGGCUGAAGAGCAGCAGCUUCAGGCUUCAUCUGUCUGUUACUCAGCCCUGAUCCAUACAUGUUGCUCUGGGGCUGGAUCUUAUGACUAGAUCCCAUGCCUGCCCACUAAUUUGGUAGGAUCGUAUAAGCAGUAUUGAUGCCAGUGUCUGUGGGCCAUGUUGGGUGUGUUCAUGUGGUCCCUUGGAGUCUAUUUAUUUAUUUUUGUACUUUUCCAUCCUGCCUUUCUUCCAUCAUGGAACUCAAGGUAGGUUACAUGGGAUUUCCAGGUGAUCUCCCAUCUGGGCACAUGCCAAAACUGCUUAGUUUCAGCAAGAUGGCUGCAUCAUGUAGACCCAGAGCACACCCUUAAUUGAUCACCAGACAUUAUUGGAGCAUUGUGGGAGGCCACAACAGAUAACUGACAACUCCGUUGAUCUGACAUUGUAUCUACGAGGCCUACCUGUGUUAGAAAAAUAUGUGGCAGAGGAACAUUUAGAAGUGGGAAGUUGUUGACACCUGCCGUUGUUCACCUUCAAGGCCUUCUUCCUUGCAUAAUUGCAUUUUGGAACAAAAGGUGAGAUGUGAAGCGUUUCCUUUCCCUGAUUAUUAUGUAACGCAGAACACUACAAAUUCAGUAGAUAGGCAUCAAGAGUUUCUGUAAUGAGAACAAGCAUGGGAAAACUCAAAGAGGUGCAUCAGUGUGUGGUCCUUGCUGAAAAUUAGAAAAAAGCAAUAGGGAAAACCUCAGUCCUAGAAGGAUGAUAAAAUCCAACCCACUCACAAUCAGACGCUCUGAAUGGGAACACGUAUUUGUAAUAUGGAAAGACCGAGAGGAGCAGAAAGCUACAUCUCAAGAUGAGUCAACAAUGCCCCAACCAGCAUUUUUUCAAUUCAUUGUUUAAGCAAGUUCCUAGCUAAAGAACUGAAAACACUGAAACUACAUUCUAAAAGGCCCAAUAAAUUUUCAGUUCUCUUGAUUUCUAAUUCCAUAGUAUGAAGAUUUAUCCAAUGGAUAAACUGGGGGCUGCAAAGGAUUGCAACCUGGGUGUUGCCCAAUCCUGUUGAGAAAGAUCUAGAGAACGUUAAGGGAGGGUGGCAUCACAGAACCAUUAGCUAUAUGGGGUUGCUUAAAACUGACUCUCUGGCUGCUUUAGCAAUGUGGAGAGCCUGUAGUGUUUAGGAUCUGGCUCUGCAAUGAGACAAGCAUUACCUUACCAUGUUCCCAGAACCCAGUGGUUGUUGGCACCCAACAGUAGGUGGUGUUAGAGCCAAGGACAGGCUGAGACAACUUAUUAUUAUUUUGUCCUCACCCUUCUUGCUGCUGAGUUCUUUAAGACCAACAGUGAGUCAUGGUGUAGUGGGGGGCAGUUGUCCUGGACACAAAAUUGUUAGGGGCGCAAAACUUCAACACUUGCUGCUGCCUCAAUACAGCUGCGUGCUUCCAUUGCUCGGCUCCAUUGAAAACAGCUGCUCCAUGCAAACCAGGAAGUGAUGCGGACACCAUUAGGCAGUUGAAUGUCUAUGUGUCCUCCAUCCGUUUCUCUCCACCCCACCUGCUAUUCAUGGCCCCGGGCACAGGCAACCCACGCUAUGCCACUGACAAGUUGUAAGUAAGAAGGUAGGUAGCAGGAAAGUGGGAGCAGAGUGAAGUUGUGGGGCACUGUCCCGUUUGCCCUAAAGGAUCUACCUCUGCUGCCUGAAUCUGCUUGCAAAUCCAUGGAAGCAGGUUGGAAAUGAUGGUAGAAACUGCUUACCUGACUGAUGGGAAAGAAGACCAAACAAUCCGUUCCUCCCCACAGGUUCAUAGCUGCUGCAGUUGGUUCAUCCUAAGCCUAAGGGCCUGUGAUUUAAACCAGACUUAGGGUACAUGUAGUUUAUCUGCCACUUGUGGGCAGAUAAACACUGAAACGGCUGCUCAAAAUAGUGGGCGCAGUAGAUGACUUUGUGGGGCUGUUAGGCACACAUCAAAUUUCAUGAUGUAAGUAAGGGUUGCCUCUUCUCAUUUCUGCAAAAUGUGUCAUGUCCCAUUUGCAUGUGUUGAGCAUUUCCCAGUACAGUGGUACCUUGGGUUACAUACGCUUCAGGUUACAUACGCUUCAGGUUACAGACUCUGCUAACCCAGAAAUAGCACCUCGGAUUAAGAACUUUGAUUCAGGAUGAGAACAGAAAUCGUGCUCCAGUGGUGCGGCAGCAGCAGGAGGCCCCAUUAGCUAAAGUGGUGCUUCAGGUUAAGAAUGGACCUGUGGAACGAAUUAAGUACUUAACCCGAGGUACCACUGUACUGCAGAGAUUGGGCAGCAGCUGCACCUGAACACUGAAGCUGUUGGACUAGGAUGCCUUUAGGUUUGGGGAGUCAGCUAAACGUUUUCCUUUUCACUUUUCCAACUUGCUUUUACCACAAAGAUUCUUUGUUUUUCCUGCUCAUUAUUUGCAGUAAAUAUGGUUCUGGUACUUCCUGAAUCUUAAAAGGAUGAAGGGUUUAUUUAUGACAGUUUCUGGUUUAUAAGAUCAGGGUUUGAUAUUGUUUUAAAAUACUGAAGAAAGUGAUUUCAGUCAAUAAAUGUGUUACUUUCUAAAUAACUUGUUUUUAAAAGUAUUUUGGACAAAAAAAUUACAGAUUGCUGUAUUUUAGCUUUGGCACAUUUUAAACGAGCAUUUAGUUUCUUACUGUAACACCAGAAAUAGGAGGAAAGUGUUUCUGUAAACAUAGGGAAAGUAAAAACUGGAGGUAGUCUCUCUUAACAGAAUGUAUUACUGGUCUGUUUGCUGUGUUAAAUGGUUUAAAUUAAUUGUGUGAACACAUUCACCAUGUAAUGACGUGUGCGCGUGCGUAAUUUGGGAGAUGAGGGCAAAAUGUUUUACGAAAAAGAAGUUGAGUAUGUAAGACUGCAAUCCGAAAUCCACUUAUCUGGGAGAAAAUCCCAUUGAGCACAAUGGGACUAAUAUCUGUGUCGAAGUGUAUAGGCUUGCACUGCAAAUUAGAAAACAAUAUCCAGCAUCAACAACCAAAAGAUUCUUUUUAAGUGCAAUAUAUUUAUUUCUGCCAGAAAUAUAAUAUCAACAUGAUGUGAUAUUUCAAGCACUAAAUGUGAUUUGUAAACAGCUUAAAAUGAUUAUAUAUAAAUAUAUAUAUAUAUAUCACAAAGUUGUACAUAAGUGCAAAUGUGUGGAUAUUCAUUUUUUCCUUUCAUUAAAAUACUGGGAUUUU